AGUAUCGAACCGGCGUCUCGCCAGGCAACACCUUACAUUCCCAGCUCGAACAUUCCGCGCAAACGUGCGCCUAUACGCGUUUGACACUUUGACGCAGUCGUCUGGCUGCUCUUUUUUUUUCGUCCUUCGCCGAUUCCUCCGCUGGUCGGAGUCUCUCCGCGAGUUGACGCGCCUGCAGCCGCAGUGUCGAUAGAGUGUACGUAGAGCGGGAAAGUGCGCGCGCGAUCGAUCGCCGAGAAAAGUGCUUAUAAUACUGCUGUUGUUUUCCGCGAGAUACGUGUCUGCACUGUUGCUCGCUGUGAAGAUUUAUUGUGAUACGCAUCGUUCGUCCAAGAGAUUUAUACAUAGGAAUAGUGGCGAGCGAACGUUAUCGCUGUUACCGGGAAUAAUUCAAAAAAUUUCACACACUCCGCCGUUGAUAAGAGCAUCACGUGCUCCGAGUCGUAACCCACAUCGCUCGGAGCCAGCACCCGCUGUACGUCGCAUCGACGAAAGGUGUGCGUAGUCGCUGCUGUGUGCACGGCGUACACACAGCUAGACCAGUGGUCAGUCAAUAUGCCGAGGGUCGAACUGCUGGCCGGUGAGUCACGCAGGUGCAGCAGGACGUCGGGGCUGGCGGCCAAGGGCUCGAGAUCCCUAUCCUCGUGAUUUCCAUAACGACAUGUCACGGAACAGCGGCGGCGGCGGCGGGGGCGGCCACGCCGGUACCCCCAGUCCGCGCGCCAGCACACCACGUGCCGGUCAGCAGCUGCGCGACCGAGUCAGUUUCUUCGAGCAGUUCUCCAGCUCGUCGGCGCACCAGAACAGGUCGUCGAGCAGCGAGGAUCUGGUGGACGAGGCCGGUCUCGUGGUCAGGAGGUCCUCCUCCAGGGCCAGCAACUCGUCCUUCGAGGAGAGCUUCGAGAGGCUGGUCGAGGAGGGCGAGUACAACGGAGCGAAGGUCGUCAAGUUCGAGAGGAUCACGGUGAAGAAGAGCGUGAGGGAGUUCUCGGCUUCUGCUCUGAGUGCGAGCCUGAGCGGAAGCAACGGCACGUCGCGCCAGGGUCUGACGGAGGCCAGCAGGACCCCGAGCGAGGAGCACAUCGUCGGCGAGGACUCAGCCUACCAGAGCCACAGCCACAGCCAUGGCAUGGCCGGUAGCAAGUCCAGCUCGGUCACCUCCUUCGCCAAGUUCCCCUCGGAGGAGAGCUUGGCUCAGCGCAGGAGCUUGGCCUCGAGCUCCUCCAGUCCCAUGGAGGACAAGCCGCCGGCCGAGUGGUACGCCGAGUACCGCAACCAGAGCUUUCAGCAGAACGCCCCGAGCAGCAAGCCCGAGUACAUGCGCAGCAAGAGCCAGUUCGACGCGCACAUUGCGGAAAUCAAAGAUGAACAGGAGCGCGUGCAGAAGAAAACUUUCGUUAACUGGAUCAACUCGUGUCUCUCGAAGCGAGUUCCACCUAUUCGAGUGGACGAUUUGAUCGAGGAUUUGAAGGAUGGUACGCGCCUACUCGCCUUACUGGAAGUCUUGUCGGGAGAGAAAUUGCCAGUCGAGAGGGGUCGUAAUUUAAAGAGACCACACUUUUUAAGCAACGUUAACACAGCACUACAAUUUUUACAGAGCAAAAAAAUCAAACUAGUUAAUAUAAAUUCGUCCGAUUUAGUGGAUGGACGACCUCCAGUAGUCCUGGGUUUGAUUUGGACUAUAAUUUUGUACUUCCAGCUACGAUCAAAGGAUCGCAAUAGGAUCGAGGAAAACGCCCGAGCUCUCGAGUACCUCAGCCAAACGUGGGGAAGCCAAAGCAGUCUCGAAAGCAUCGGAACUCAGGGAUCGGCAGCCAGCGAGAGAAAGCGCCACAGCAACGAGAAGUGGAAGCAGGGAGCGAGGAAGACUCUGCUGCAAUGGGUCACCAACGCCUUGCCAAAAGACUUGGGAAUAGAGGUGCGCGACUUCGGCGAAAGCUGGCGAGACGGAAACGCCUUCCUGGGCAUCAUCGACGCCAUCAAGUCGAACGUCGUGAGCGUGCCAGCGAUGAGACAGGCGACCAACAGGGUCCGUCUCGAGACGGCCUUCAACGUCGCCGAAAACGAGCUCGGAAUCGCUCGGCUUCUCGAUCCCGAGGACGUCGACGUACCGCAGCCCGAUGAGAAGUGCAUCAUGACCUACGUCGCGCAGUUCCUUCACAAGUAUCCCGAACCCAAGGGCACGGGCUCGGACUCUUUCGCUGCGGUGCAGCAGGAAUACGAUCUGCUCCUGCGCUGGCUCAAUGAGAAAACGAGACAGCUCGAUCAGUUGGACAGGAAUGGCGGCUUUCCGAACAGUUACGAGCAAUACCUCAUGUUCAAGAGCGAGGUUGACGAGAAGUCGAUAAUUUACCACAAGUUGCAGAAUUUGGUCGAGGCGCCGAGUAUGAUAAGCAUCACUCGGGAGUCCUGGAAGCACAUUCAAAAUUUGUGGAAAGUGUUGGACAUGCUCAUGCUGAGGUGGCUGUGGCUACUCGAUUCCUCUCUGCCCGGGGAACUCGGCGACGUCGGCAGGUGGUUGGCUCACGCCGAAUCCCUUCUACACUCGGACGACGAUAUUCCCGAAGAAAUGACCGAAGAGACCGCCAGCAUCAUUUCUCAAAAACUCGAGGAACACAAGAAGUUCUUCCUUGACCUUCCAAGCAUCGUCGAGAAAUUCAAUCGCGCACGAUCCUCGCCCCUGGCACGACAAGUACCGAGUCAGCAAUUAGAUAACAUUUCGUCUAGAUUGGAUAGUCUUCCCAUUCGCGCAGCCAAACGAAGAAUAAAGCUGAAGUUCCUCGAACACAAAUGCUGUCUCGUUGCUUUUCUUUACCUCGUGGAGACGAGACUCAAGAGUUGGAGCAUCAAGUACGGUAACGAGGAAGACGUUCAGAACAUGCUGGAAAACUACCGGAAUUUCGUGUCCAGAAAUCGGAUCUUCCAAGAGUUUCAGAAAGCGUAUUUGGAUAUGCAACAGGUUGUCGAAGAGUACAAAAAGGAGGGUGAUAUUGAUCGAGAAGAAAGCCUGAAUGUUGAUAGAUUCAUACGAGAAACUGGCGAAAAGUGGAAAAAUAUUUCGAUGGAUUUGCGUUGCGUGCAGAGUAUGCUCGAAGAAGUUGUCACUUACUGGCGAAGGUGGUCAGCACUAUCCGAAGAAUUCGAAAAUUGGUUGAACAGAGCCGAACCGGUUUUGAGUCUUCCUGAGGAACAGAAGAUGGAAUUUUUCCAGGAUAUCUCGGUGUGGAAGGAUAAAUAUCAGCAGAUUUCAGACACCGUCAGCUUGUUGAUCGCAACUUCCGAGGACCAGGUUGCCCUGCGCCUGAAAGAUCGUUACACGAAUCUGAGUAACAGAUGGGAACGCCUCUUCCACGAAGCGAAACAAUACAUGCACGCUGGCGAUCUUCUGAGAAACUGGAAAGAUUAUCGCGAAGGUGUCGAAAAUCUCCAAACCUGGCUAAAGAACGCCGAAGCCGCGCUAUCGACAUCCCAACUGACAUCUACGGAAAAGAUCAAGGCUUUCGGUGAUCAUCUCAAGGUUUUGCACGAAGAAAUCGAAGGAAUCGAGGAACUGUUCAAAGACGUCAGUAAAAAGUUCCAAACAUUGAUCCAAGAUCUGUCACGCGAAGAGGUCGACAAGAUGAUGAAUACCCUGAAGAAAGAAAAGGAAGCUCUAGUCCGAGUUCGAGCUUUGAUACCUAUGCAGCUGCACUUGUACCAUCAGAUUUUGGUUCAACAAGAAUCCCUUGAAGCAGGACAACGCGAAAUAUCAGCGUGGCUGGACGACGCAGAGCGUUUACUAAGUAGCUACAAUCUGUCCGGCGGUAGAGACUCAGCUCUUAGUCAAUUGGAAAGGCAUAAAGCAUUUUUCUCAAGAACCCUAUACUACAAAUCUAUGCUAGAAUCGAAGAACAAAGUUUUCAACAAUAUCGUCAAGUCCGUCGAUGCUCACAAACAACCUGGUGAUAGUGAAGGUAGUUCCGUUCUUCGUCAUCUGAAUGAGCGGUUUGCUCGAGUGUCCCAAUCAGCUCAACUUUGGGAACAGCGGUUACAAGAAGCCGUGCGAUGUUGGACCAAGUUCCGAGAAUGCGAAAGACAGAUUUCCGAAUGGUUAUCAGCUGCUGAAACACUCAUCAACGAUCGGAACAUUGACAACCGUCAAUCUGUAGAGUACCAUAAAAACUUUUUCGGAAAAGUCAACGAGAGAUGGAUUCAGGAUCUCGUCAACGUAGCGCAAGAUUUGAGAAACGCGUUACCCGUAGAACAGCAGGCUCCAAUAAUCGAGGCUGUCGAUUCGUUGCAAAGAAGAUGGAAGGAAGUACUGACAUUCGCUCCACUGCAUUUAAUGAGACUCGAGUUUAGACUGGACGAGGCCACGUUCUCCCAGUACUUGAAGGAAAUCGAGAUGGAAAUCAACGCUGAACAACAAGCUAUGGUGAAAAAUGAGGAGGUUGGAAGCAUUUUGAAUAGAAACAAAGAUUUCUUUGUUAAUCGUGGAAUGGUGGUUCAAGUAGAACGUUCCCUCCAAACUUUGAAGAAAAUUAGUUUAGCAUAUUCAAAUCUCAAACCAGAUGAUACAAGCUUAAGCGAAGCUGCACAAAAUGCCGAACGUCGUUGGGAACAUACUGCUAAUAGAGUCGAAGCUCUUAGAGAACAACUCCGCCAAGUUCCACAGCAAUGGGCUGCCUAUAAACAGAAAUUCGGCGAAAUGGUGUGUUGGAUGGACCACGUGGAUGACACUUUGAGAACAAUGUUGCAUGAAGUCAGUUCGCUUGAAGAAUUUGAACAGGAGAAAUCAGUCUUCCAGCUUCAAAAUUUGACGAGAGUGUGUCAUGAAGCAGACAAUAAACGCGAAGAGAUGAAAUGGUUGGUACAAACUUUAGAUAGUUUAACCUCAAACCGUUCAGAUCAAGAAGCAGUUACUGAACAGCGAAAACUCGAGCAACUCAUCACUCGCUAUAAAAAUCUCAUACCAACUAUUGAAAUAACCAUGACUAAAACUGAUAUUUACUCCAAGAGUUAUACUUAUAGAAAAGAAGUGCGUGAAGUUUGCACACUUCUUCAUAAAGUACGUGAUCAAACAACCGAAGUGCCUACAUUAGAAAGUCUUGAAAGUCUGAAAAAAGCCUUGAAACAUCAAGAAACUUGCCUGAAUCAACUUGAACAACAGCGUGCCAACAUCGUUAGCAUGCUGCAACGUGGAAAAGAUUUACUUAGAGAUCAACAUGCACCAAACUUCGUUUCUUCUGAAGUUCAACAAUUAGAAGUUAGCUGGAACGAGACGUAUGGCCAAAAUAUUGAAACCCUGAAAACUCUGAAGAAUUCACAAAAACUGUGGAGUAAUUACGAUGAACAAAAGGAAGAGAUUCUAAAAUUGAUUGCACAAGCAGAAGAAGAUUUGCGGAGAAUGGAUUCGGCAUUUUAUUACAAUACAGCACAAGUUUCUGCCGACUUACAACAUCAACAGGAGCUCAGUUCUUCUUUGAGAAAAACGGCAAUAAAUAUGGUGAAAAAAUUGCAUGAAACAUAUUCUAGUCUUAUCAAAGUUACAACAUCUGAAAAACAACCUGAACUGGGCAAAGAAGUAUCACAAGUAGAAGAAAUGGUACACUCCACACUGGAAAAAGUAGAUGAACGCGUUGAGAAAUUGCAAGUCUUACAAUCCAAGUGGAAUCAGUUCCAAUCCAAGAUAGCAGAGCUACAGAAUUGGACCACUCAAAUUGCUCCCCAGUCUAUCGCAGACAUAAAAGCUUCCGUUACAUCUCCUGAAGAACGAGUCACUAAAACGGAAAUUUUGCAUAAGCAGAUCCAUGAGAAAGUAACAAUAUUGAAAAUAAUUGAGGAAGAAUCGAGAAUCCUCAUAAAAGAAACUGACAAAAAACCAGAAGCACAGAAUCUUCGGACAAAUAUCCAGAAUUUACAUUCUGCUGUUGAUUUGUUGAAUGAAAACAUCGUUAAUCAAAAAGAAAGGGCGUCUCAAAAUCUAAAUACUUGGAAAGAAUAUGAAGUUGGAAUUCAACAAUUGAAACCGUGGAUUGAAGACGCAGAAGCUAAGGCAACUUCAAUUGGCUCCAAACCAACAACUCUGAGACAAGCUAAUGAAAUGUUGGAAACUGCUCGUGUUUUCGAACAGCAGUGUGCUGAACACCUUCCUAGAAUUCACAAUCUAACUCAAAUUAGUCAGCAGCUUGGUAGUCGAACAAGUGCUCCUGAUGAAGUUGACACGGUUCAUAGCCGCUGGAACUCCAUUCAUGAUGUGGCUCUUCAGACUAAGACAAAAUUAGAGAAACUCGUUUCAUCCUGGAAUACUUUUGAAAAUGACAUUAAAGAAUUCAAUGAAUGGCUUAGAAAUACCGAGAAAACCGUUUCCAUGGAGCCGAAUCUUCAAACUCCUGAUAUCAAUAAGUUGGAGCAAGAAUUACAUCGUUUGAAAGAAUUUAGUAAAGAAAUUUCGAACAGACAAGCUCAAUUGAUUACUCUGACCCAAGUUUCCGAUCAAAUAAGUCAUGGACUGUCUAUUGAAGGAGCUAGUACCCUAAAAAAUCGCGUGACCGAAUUGAAGGCACGUGUAAGUAAGCUUGCAGAUACUGUUCGGCAUCACAUUAAUAGCACUUCUGAUGCUGUACUCGCAACAAAUGAAUUCCAAAUUAAAAUUUCUGACUUCGAAAACUGGAUGAGUCGUUUACGUCAAAAUAUGGCAGAAAUAAGUGAUGUAAAUAUCGACAACGUUGAUACCAGCCUGCAAUCUGUGCAUGCUUACCUGCAGGAGCAUUCUGAAAAACAGCCUCACUUUGCAGCUAUUUACGAAGAAGUAAAAUAUUUGAGCAGUCGAGGAUCACCAGAAGAGGCUGCAAAUCUUGAUGAAAUUUACACUUCGAUGGCCGUUAAGUACAAAGCUCUAGAAGAUGACCUUCUGCAAAAGAAAAGGGCUCUUGAAAAGUGGACUGAACUUUUGAACUGGAAUCAUGAAACUUCUGCUCAACUGAAUCAUUACAAGUAUGAAGCAGACGCACGUAAACCAACAAUAGAUGAUUGCGAACGACUAUCUGGUGAACUUAAAAAUGUUCAAUCAAAAAUAAAUAGCUGGAAAGAACAGAUCCCAACGAUAGAUAGUGCCUUAGGUAUUCAAGUCCGUGAUAAUCAGGAAAAGCCGUUAACAGCGUCAUCUUUAAUAAAUAAUUUGGAAACUCAAGUCGUUUCUUUGGAAUCUACAUUGAAUACAAAACGCGAUAAACUUGAAAAUUUAAGCUCGCGAUGGGAUAAAUUCAGAAAAUUACAACAAAAAUUAACUGAGGAGAUUAUUGGAACGCAGACUGCAUUGCAAGAAGUAACGUACACUGUUGACACUUGUGAAAAAUUGGGACCAGCUAUUGAGAAAAUCACUAACCUGAUAGAGGAACAUCAGCAACGAUGCCCGGCAAAAGAAACUUUACACCAGGAGGGUGCUGAAUUGUUGAAAGAAGAUCAACGUUCCAUGACAAAUGUGCAAGUUGUUCUUUCGUCUGUUGAUUCUAAUUGGGAAAAGGUAAAUGAACUGUUGCAUGAACAACGGAAAAAGUAUACCGAUAUGGAUUCAAGCUGGAAACAGUUUGUCGAAGCCAGAGGAAAGCUUACAGCUUUUAUAGAUGAAUCGAUAAACCUUUGUAAUUCCGUUAAAGAAGUUCCCAAUGAUAUUACUCAGGCUACAUUUGCAGUUGAAAAACACAAAAAGGCUUUAGAAACUUUGAAAAAAGGAAAGCCUUACUUGGAAAAAAUGGACUCGAAAGCACAACAGAUAAUGAAAGAAGCAUCCUUGAUGCCUAGUUUCAAUGUCGAUUCUAUGGAAUCCAACGUUUCGAGUAUCCAUAAAAAAUAUCAAGAUACUUAUUCUAAUAUAGUUGAAAAAAUUCAGCUUUACGAAACUCAAGUAAUCAUUUGGAAACAAAUAGAUGAUGCAAAAUACGAAUUAACACGUUGGUUGAGCGAUACCAAUGAAUCACUUACAGCAGCCUGUGAACGUCUGGCAGAUGCAGAAAACGGCCAAUCCAGAUUAAUUAAAUUUAGAGAAGAGUUGCCAGCGCAUCAGUUGCUACGUCAAGGGAUUUCAACAAAAACUGAACAGCUUUUGAAAUUCAAUCGCGGAGUUGCAAUCCCAACUUUAGCUUCAUUGAAUCAUCAAUUGGAUGAAGAAUUUAAACGGGUACAUCAAUCAGCAGAUAAAUUAGAUCAAAUGACGUCGAGCUUUGCAGAGAAAGAAAAUAAAAUCCGCCAAGAAAUAAAGCAAUCCAGUGAUUCAAUAUCCAAAGUUCGUGAAGAAAUUAUCAAAUGCGAUGAUCUCACUGGUGAGAAUGCGAAAAUUAUGGGAAGAAUAAACCGUUGUAAAGAAUUGAAAAAAGAACUUCAAAGGUGCAAUUCUGUUUUAAAGAAAGUCGACGAAAAACUAGUAGAGUUAGGGACUGAGUAUCCGUCCAUAAUGAAAUCUAGCCUACCUAAAGAAUUGCAAUCCUUGCAGACUAGACGUGAUACAGUUGCCAGUCAUGCCGAAAAAGUAACUGCAACACUAUGUGCCUUUUUGAUGAAAUUAUAUCACGAGAAGUUCAGCGCUUUGCAACGCUUAGUUGCUACGAGUAGAGAAAAAAUAACUUGGUGCGAACCAGAACACAGCAGCGACAAAUACAAUUUAGAAGUAAAAUUAGCGUCUCUUCUUGAUGUAGAAGCUGAUCUGCAGGAGUGUGAAGUUAGAAAACGUGAAACCGAUCAAUCGUUAAAACUUUUAGAAAAAGUUGAGAAUCCUGAUACUCUAAAAACGCUUCGUGAUGAACGUGAAACAAUACAUGUAGAAUUAGAAUCUCUUAAAAUAACAUUUGUAAAUAUCAAGAAAAUUUUGGAAAAAAAUAUAGUGACUUGGGAACGGUAUGAAAUGAUGUCAGACAGCGUUUUAUCGUGGCUAAAACAAGCUGAAAAUAGAGUAAGAGCAGAAACUUCGGUUCUUUUGAGCCCGCACGAAAUCGAAAAUAAGAUUAUCGAAAUGACUGAAUUCCGCAGUUCGUUUAAGCAACAUAAAAUGGAAAUCGGGCAACUUAUAACAUUCAGCAAAGAAAUCAUAAAUGUAAGUCCAGAAGCCCGGGUUGAGCAGUAUGUCCAUCAUUUAUAUGCCAGGUAUGAAGCUGUUGAAAAGUUUAUAUCACAGCAACUCAAUAAAUUGGAUGAGAUGCAAAUAAAUCGAGAUGAGUACGAAAAAAAUGCAAAACAACUAGAUCAAUGGAUUACAAAAGCUGAAGAAAAGUUAAAAACGUAUGAAGAAAUCAGUGGCCCAAAGCCGAUGACGUUCUAUCAAGUAAGAUUGAAAGAAUUGAAAACUUUCAAUGAUGAGCGCGAAAAAGGCCAAGCUAUCUUCAAUGCCACAGCGGAAUCUGGUGAAGCUCUGUAUUCGAAAAUCAACCCAGAUGAUAGAGAAACUAUAAGAGCAGAUUUGAGAAACCUUCGAAGUCGGCUGGACAAUUUAACUGACAGGACAAAUUUGGUGUAUAAGAAGGUGGAAAAUGAUAUGAUGCACAGAUCUUCCUUUGAAGACAAAUAUUCUCAGAUCAAACAGUGGGUAAUCGAUGCCCAGGCUAAAUUAGGAAAUAAACAAGAGCUAUUACCAACUUUGCAAGAGAAAAAACUAGCCCUCCAUACGUAUCGAACUAUCGCCCAGGACGUAAAUGCUCACAAAAGCAUUUUGCAACAACUGCAAGAAAGAUGGGGCUCUCUUCCCGAUGAUGAAUCAAGCUCUAUGCUGAACUCUGUUAUUGAAUCUUAUGACAAGCUUUCCGAAAAUGUAGAGGACAGAAUUAAUGUAGCUGAAAAACACGUUGCAAAUCACGAAGCAUAUCAGCAAACGUUCGAAAAGACGCGAGAUUGGAUAAACACCAUUGUGAAUGAAACCUCUGCUUUACUGGACGAUCUGGCUAUUGAACGCGAAACGGCCAAAUCCAGUAUAAAUUUGAUAGAAAAUGUCCUGCAGCAGAAAGAAGAGGGAGAUCGAGUCAUAGAAGAUUGCAAUCAACAAAUGAAUAUUGUUUUGGAACAAACGUCAAUCCCAGGUCAUCAAGUAUUGAUAAAGUCAUUCGAAGAACAAAAGAAGAUAUGGCAAGACUUCUUGGCUCGAUGUGCCGUUUUUAGAGAGAAACUUAAUCGUCUAUUUGAUGAGUGGUCAGAAUUCCAAAGGGUAGUCGAAGAGCUUGAAGCUUGGACGAAACAUAUAGAACCUCAGGUGAAAGAUCAAAGUUUGAAGAGUACAGAAGAAGCUAAGAUUGCUCAUCUUCAAAAAUUGAAAUCUCUAGAAGAAGAGAUUGCAUCGAAAGCUCCGAUAUUUAAUUCAGCGAUCGAAAAGAGCCAAUCAAUCGAAGCUGAGUCCGAGUUGGUAACAAGGGUUUCGAAGCAAGCCACAAAGUAUCAAGCUCUUAAAAAUCAAGCCCGGGAAUCUGUCGCUCGUUACGAGCAAUUUGUAAAAGAGCACAGUACGUUCAAUCAACGCUACAAUCACUUCGUUCAGUGGAUAGGAGAAUUACAAACGGAAUUGAAAAAGCACAGUGAAAUUGUUGGCGACCUCAAUGUUUUACAGCAGCGACAGAAAGUUAUUAGAGAUCUCGGAGAUACUCGUACAAAGGAAAACCCUAAAUUCGAAUCAGUGAUUGAUCUCGGAGAGAAACUUUAUACGCAUACGUCCCCUGACGGUCGGGAGAUCGUACGCCAGCAGUUGAGAAAUUUGAGACAGUUAUGGGAUAGUUUCUCAGACGACUUGCAAUCAGCCACUCAAAAACUAGACCAAUGCUUAAUGCAGUUCGCAGAGUUUUCACUCUCGCAAGAGCAGUUGACUACAUGGCUGCGCGAUGUUGAAAGAGCAAUGCAUCAACAUACGGAAUUAAAGUCUACGUUGGAAGAAAAGCGAGCACAGCUUCAAAAUCAUAAAAUCAUGCAUCAAGAAAUUAUGUCCCAUCAAACUUUGGUUGAGGCUGUUUGCGAGAAAGCUCAGCAAUUGGUUGAUCAAACCAAAGAUACCUCUUUGAAUAUUUAUUUACAGUCCAUAAAACAAUUAUUCCACAAUAUUGUGUCGAAAUCGCGUGAUUUGUUAGACAACCUAGAAGAUUGCGCUGAUAAGCACAACAAAUUCAACAUACAAUGCAAAGCUUUCUCUGACUGGCUGCAAGGAGAACGAGAAAAACUUUUGGAAUGCAACGAUUGUACUGGCGAGAGAACUGAUAUUUCAAGGAGAUUAGCAACUUUGUCGAUUCUGAAAGAUGGACGAAACCAAGGCACAGAACUGAUUAAAAAACUCAAAGACUUUGCUGGAAUUGUUGCAAAGAAUACAGCACCCAAAGGACAAGAAGCAAUACACAACGAAAUCGCUAAUCUAGAAUCUAGUUUGAUGCAACAUAUUAGUGACAUUGAAUCGGUUGAAGCAAAGCAGAAUGCAGCACUGAAGAAAUGGGAAGAAUUCGAGGAGCCAUUAGAAUCGUUCAUGAAAUGGUUCCGUUCAAUGGAAUCUGCAUUUAGAGAUCAACAGUUGCAGCCAAAUUUGUCAGAAAAACAACAUAGAUUAUCUGCUUUGAAAGAGAAACGCGAAGUUAUUUUGAAAAAAGAAAGUGAAAUUGAUCAAUUUAUUGACCAAUCGCAUGUUCUUCUUAACACCAGUGGUGUUGAGAGAAUAAAACCAUUAGUAUCUCAGAUAAGCAACAGAUAUACAGCUCUCUUAACUCUAAGCAAAGAUGUGAUCAGUCGUUGCGAAGAAAUCGUUGACAAUCACAAAGCAUACGAUGAAAAGUUAUCAAGUACUGAUGCUUGGUUGACUCCUCUCGAGCAACAUUUAGCUACUCUGAAAGCUGAUGAAAUGAAAGGCAGCCCAGAAGCAAGAACGUCCAGAUUACAACUAUUAUUAACAGAAAAGGAUCAAGCUGAACAUCGGUUGAUUACACUUUCAACAGCUGGUGAUAAAAUCUUACCUGAAACGUCGUCGCAGGGCCGUGAAGUUGUUCGACAACAAAUCCGACGUAUACGAGAUCGAUGGGACAGUCUUGCUGAAGGUAUCGUCGAACAACAGAAAAAGCAAGGUUUGCAGUCACUGCAGUGGUCAAGUUAUCAGGAAACUCUUCAACAAAUCCUUUCUUGGCUUGAUAACAUGGAACGAUCUGUCAAACAAGAAUCAGCUACGGUUCCAUCUUCGCUUCAAGAAGCAAGGUCAAAACUGCUUAAAUGCAAGACUGUUCAUCAAGAAAUCAUUGCACAUAAACGUAUUAUUGAAGCUGUUUCGGAAAAGGCGAAUGCUUUAAUUCAAGUUUCUCAAGCCCCAUCUGAUAUUGAAGAAAAAGUAAAAUCAGUUUCUAAAAGAUAUGAAAAAUUAGUAGAUACAUCUUCGAAAGGAUUGGUCAACUUGGAAUCCAUAUUGGACGUAUUUCAACAAUUCCAUGACUUACAAAAAGCUUACAAAGAUUAUCAGAAACAACAAUGGGAUAAGCUGGCUAACUACAACGAUUGCACCGGAAAUAAAGUAGCUUUGCAGGCUCGAUUAACAAAGAUUCUUGAAAUACAAGAUAACUUAGGCGAAGGCGACGUAAAGUUGAAUGCCUUAGGGGAACAUGUAGCCAAAAGUUCGGGCAUGGUAUCGCCCAGGUCUCAAGAAUCUAUGGAUAGAGACUUAAACAAUCUGAGAUUCGAAAGUAAGAAAUUCGCUACUGCAGUCGGUGAUGCUGUCCGCUGCAUUGAAGAACGAAUUCAGCAGUGGAGUGAAUAUGAAAAUUCCUUGGAACGGUUACUCGUAUGGCUAUCAGAUGCAGAAACAUCUCUGAAAAAUUACAGCUUGAAAAAUACUAUUGAGGACAAACAAGAACAGUUAGAGAAAUAUCAGGAUCUUCAAAAAGUUAUGGAAGCACGCAACGCUGAUGUCUUGGAACUGGUGGCACUCAGUGACCACCUCGAGCAAGCGCUGCUUGUUAAUCUUCGUCAAAACGAGGCUGAAUUUGACAAGAUGAGCGAUGAUUCUUCUGAUUUAAUUCAGAUUAGCGGAGAGUCGAGAUUCUCUGUCAGUGUUCAACAAGUAACAUCUCGCUUCCAGUCAAUACAAGUCACGGCUAAGGAAUUGCUUAAAAAAUGCGAUCAAGCGUUGUCAGAUCACUUGUCCUAUCUCGAUAAGUACAAACAGUGCUCGGAGCGUCUAGCAGCUGCUCAACAAUCAUACCAGGCUACGCGUGAUAACAUUUCCGGCACUCGACAAGAGCUUUCUUCUCAUAUCGAAACGAUACACGAUCUUUUAGCUAGACAGUCAUCGAUGAUUCUCUUGGUAAACAGUACAGUCGAAGCUGGAGAACGACUUUACACGACUACCGGUAACGAAGGACGUGAGAUUAUUCGACAACAGUUGUUGGACCUCCAACAAGCGCUGGAGACUCUUUAUGAUAACGUGACACUCACUGAACGUGAAAUCCAAGCGAAAAUAUCACGCUGGUCAGGGUUCGAUGAAUGCAGCGAAGCCUUUGAGGCUUGGUUGAAGAACGCCGAAGCUCAUCUCAAAUCUGAGAUUGAAUUAAAAACUACCUUGGAUGAAAAACGAGCUCAGUUGCAAAUUUACAGAACAUUUUUGCACGAUGCUCAAACGCAUCAACAAGAUCUUUUCAAUUUGAGAGAUAAGGCAGAUUCUCUUCCGGAACGACCGGAGAAAAUAGAGAAAGUUUUGAAUGAUUUGAACAGAAGACAUGCCACUGUACUCAAGCGAGCUGCUGGAUUCGUUGAGAGAUACGAAGGCAUCGUCAGCGAUCACCAGCAGUACAGUAAAGCAGUUCUCGAUACUCACGAGUGGCUCGACGCAACAUUGAAUGCUGUCAAUAUGUGGGGUGAUGCUGAACUUGACAGAGUAUCAUUGCAUACGAAUCUUGAUCGCCUGCAAAAUCUUCUGCAAAGCUUACCCGAGGACGAGCCAAGAGUCUAUCAAAUUCGUAGUCUCGGAGAAAAAGUUAUUCCGGGUACUUUAGAAUCAGGACAAGUCAACAUCCGAUCACAAAUGGAUUCGUCGCAGCAAGAAUGGGAAGGAUUAGUCUCUGCAGUAAAAUCAACUAUCGAUGCCCUUGAAGCUAAGUUGCAGCAGUGGAAUGAAUAUGAAGUUUCGAAAGAACGUUGCUUAGCUUGGAUUCGUGAUACGGACACAAAACUCCAUGCAGUGGAUCUAAAAUCCACGCUGGAGGAGAAGAAAGAACAGCUUGAAAAGCUUCGAAGCUUGCAAGGUGAAAUUCGUGCUAAGGAGCUUGAGAUUGACUCAGUUACUGAACGUGCUCAUCAGUUGCACAAGCAAACAUCACGAAGUUCGCAAAUUUCCGAACUAGGAGUUAAAUAUCAACAGAUCUCCAGUAAAGUUAAGGAAUUGAAUAACAAGUGGCAACAGUAUGUAACUAGUCAUCAGGAAUUCGACAAUCAGUUAUCCGAGUGCACACGUUGGCUCGACGAGAUUCGUAAUAAAUUAGCAUAUUGCUCAGAUCUUAGUGCCUCCUCUCAAAAAGAUCUUGAGAAGAAAAUGGAAAUCAUCCAAGAUUUAUUACUUUACAAGGAAAAUGGUUUUGCAAAGAUUCAAGGAAUUGUGGAAGUCGCUCAAGGAGUUUUGGCAAAUACCGCACCAGCUGGUCACAGGGCAAUAAAUGAUGCCGUUGCUAAACUACAAGAACAAUGGAGCUCCCUCGCUUCUAAGAUGCUCGAAACGAAAACUAAUUUGGAUGACUCAAUAAAUAAGUGGGCUGGAUUACUCGAACAGAUACAAUUAAUAAAUAAGACAGUAGAAUACAUGCAAACUUCUGUAGAUGAGUUGUCGCAAUUCCAAACAACAAUGAGUGAAAAGCGUUCUCAAUUAGAAAGAAUUAAGGCUUUGGAAGAAAAGGUGCGCUGCGAAAACAUCGAAGUGGAUGCACUUAAAGCAAAGGUCGGAGAGAUGAUUGCAAGUGGUCAACAAAGUAUUGCUGCAUCUCAGGCGCAAGAGAUCCUCAACAAAUUUGAUAACCUGUUUGAAAGAAUUAAAUCGUUGUUGACUGAACGAGAAGAUCAAUUUAAAGAUCACCGUCUUUACAAAGAAGCCCAUGACGACCUGAUCGGCUGGUUGAGCAGAGCACGCGAGAAGAUUCCAGCUGUCAAACAGCGUUCUUUGAGCGACAAACUGGCUAUCGAAAAUGCAGUUGCCCCUCUUGAAAGCCUCUUGAAUAAAAAGGCUCAAGGUGAACUUAUGGUCGAACAAUUACAGCACACCGGUCAAGUCGUUUGUGCAAGCACAAGCCUACAAGGUCAAGAAGUCAUUCGAAAUGAAAUGCGCGCACUCACAGAAAGCUUCGAAACUCUUUUCCAGGAUAUUAAACAGCAGAAAGACCAACUGGAAACAACUGUCAGCCAAUGGCGAGAUUACAAAGAUGAGUAUGAGAGGUUGAGCGAUUGGCUUCAGCAAUUUGAUAUUCUCAUCAAGGCACAGAAGAAUUCUCUCUUACCAAAUGUGCAGGAAAAGGAAAAACAAGUAAAGGAAGUAAAAGAGAUACUUGCUAAUUUAGAAAAAGGACAGGAACAGAUAGAUAAGUUCAAUAAGUCAGCAUCAGCCCUUCUUGCUACUCCACUAGACACCUACGUAAACAACCAGCUACGACACUUGAACUCACGUUACCAAGUUCAAGUGAAUUUAGCCAAGGAUGUCCUGCAAAAAGUAGAGACUAACUUCUCCCAACAUCAGGAAUAUGAAAUGAAUCUAGGUAAGACGCGAGACUGGAUCGAAAAUGCAAAACAGAUUAUACGUCAAGGAACCGAGGCAGCUUCGAGUAGUAGCCGCGAAGAACUUCAACAAAGAUUGGAUAAGAUUCAAGAGCUUCUAAGAAAACGCGAGGAAGGUCAGAAUCUUGUACAUCUGACAGUCAAUUGUGGGGAGAAAGUAAUGCGUAAUACUAGAUCUGAUGGCCGCGAAGAAAUUGCUGCACAAUUGAAAGAAAUUCAAAAUGACUGGGAGAGACUUGUCAAGAAGAUAUCUACGACUAAAGUACAUCUAGAGACCAGUUUACUGCAAUGGGCAGAUUACAGUUCAUCCUACUCUCAGUUGCAGCAAUGGAUUAACGAUAGAGAAGCUAAGCUACAACAAGUCUGUGAACAAAAAGUAUCCAAAGCUCGCAAGGGUCUUGCUGGUCUUAACUCAUUAGCUAUUGGUGAACGUAAAGCAAAUCUACGUCAAACCAACAGCAUUGUUCAGGACAUCGUAGCUUUUGAACCUAUGAUCCAAUCCGUAACAACUAAAGCAGAAGAUCUUCAGCAAGCAACACCAGCGACUGAGAUUUCUAUCAAGUACGAAACCCUUAGCAAACAAGCCAAAGAGCUCUAUGCCAAACAGAAAGAAACCGUGGAACAACACCAAGCUUUCAUAGACAGUGGAAACGAAUUUGUUCAAUGGAUCAGAGUAGCAAAGGAAAGAUUGGGAAAAUGUUCCGAACCAACUGGGGACAAAGAAUCGUUGGCUAGUAAGAUAGCUCAAUUGAAGGUGCUCCAAAGCGAAUUGCCAGAAGGUCAGAAGAAACUUGAAAAAGCUCUAGAACAAGGCAAUCUAGCAUGUCAAAUAGCAGAUGACGAAGACAAGGAAAUUAUUGAAGAAGAAGUUGCUCUUCUACAAGAGGAAUACGAUAAUUAUGUGGAUUCGUUAAACAAUACAAAGAGUUUACUUGAGGUAGCUAUUGUUAAAUGGACGGAAUAUGAAGAUCAAUAUUCUGAAGCUGCGGAAUGGCUGACUCAAACCGAACAAUUAGUUCAGAGUUUCAACAAAUUACAAGAUUGUUUAGAAGAAAAGAAAAAUGUUCUAGAGCAAUUCCAAGGACAUCUUCAAACUUUGUUUGACUGGCAAAAGGAGCUGGAUAGAUUGAACAUGAGAGCUCAAAUGCUUUUGGAAACUUGUGCCGACACACGUAUUUCAAACGCAGUUACGCAAUUGACAACUAAAUAUAAUGCUAUUCUUUCGCUCGCUAAGGAAAUCAUGCGUCGUUUGGAGUUGCAUUAUCAGGAGCACCAACAACACAAUACUUUGUAUCAAGAAUGUCAGGAUUGGAUCGAUCGAACUCGAGACAAACUCAAUGAAUGUAAAGAAGUUCCAAACACCUUACCCGAGGUCAACAAUAAAUUACACACCUGCAAAAUGAUUCGACAAAGUUUGGAACAAGGCCAGAAUAAGUUGCGUUAUGCACUUGAACUGAAAGAAAAGGUUAUUAUGAAUACUGAACAAAAUGGAGCUGCAAAGAUACAGGAAGAUACGGAAAACUUGAAAGCUGACUUUGACAAGUUAUUGAUUGACGUCGAAGAAGCUAGGCAAAAACUUUCUGCUCGUGCUGGUGUACUGGAAGAACUUAAUAAAAUGCAUAGGCUGAUCGCUGAUUGGCUAGAGGAAGUGGAAAGUAACGUGCACUUUGAUGAAGUUUAUCGCAAUGAUUUAAGCGAAAAACGAGCUCUAUUAGAGAAAUAUAAAACAGUCCAAAGAGAUAUCCAUGGUCACAAUGAGAAUGUAGAAAAAUUAAGACUUCGAUUGGCCGAUGAUUCUAAUAUUUCUAAAGGUCCGUACGACGCCACUAUUGCUAAGUACGAAGAGCUUCGAAAACUAGUCGCUCAAAAGAUUCAAAACCUGGAAAAACAAGUGAAGGAUCAUGAAUUUUACCAACAAGCAUUUAAUGAUGCAUCUGACUGGGUAAAACGAGCUAAAGUCGAUCUCCAACAAUAUAGCAUUACUCACGGAGAAAAAGAAAAUGUCAUUGAAAGAGAAGGCAAAGUAAAACAGAUGAUAUCGACUCUACCCAAAGGCCAAUCUUUGAUUUCUAAGGUCAUCGAGACCAGCCAAGAUGUUCUUUUAAAUACUGGACCUGAAGGUCAGGAUACGAUCAAUCACGAUCUUGACCAAUUACAAGCUGAUUGGAACCACUUGCAAUCUCAGUGCCAGGAAGCAGAAACGACACUUUCCAACUGUAUUCUCACCUGGUCACAAUUCACAACAGCACUAGAAAGCAUGCAAAAGUGGAUUGAUCAAUUCCAAAGAAAGAUAAGUGCCGAACAUACUAAAGAAAAUAAAACUCCAGAAGAUCUAACUAGAUGCAAAAAUUUGGUCGAUGAAGCUAUUCGUCAAAAACCCAUUCUUGAAGAUCUGAAUGACAAAUGCGAACUUUUAAUGGAAUUGAGUGCUUGUAACUGGGCAAGAGAAAAAACGGUUCAACUGCAAUCCGCAUACACCGCAUUAUUGACAGAUGCUCAGAGUCUAGUUUCUAGAGUAGAGAAGAACUUGUCGGAUCACACAGAGUUCUUAAAAGCCAAAAAGGAAUUCGAAGACUGGUUACAUACAGCUCACGGUUCGAUUCAGGACUGCGUUGGUGUUGGAGAUGUUGCUUGGGCACAGGAUAAACUUCAAACUACAAAGCUUGUUGCUACAAGAAUUACUGAGGGUCAACAUUUACUCUCCACUUUACAAGCUGCUUUUGCCAAAGCAAUCAAUACUGCACUUCCUGAACAACAAGAUCAGUUAAGAACGGACAUGAGUGAACUGCGUUCCAGUUGGGAACAGCUCAGUAUGGAUCUUAAUACUAUUCAGGCUCAAGUUAAAUCUGUACUGCACAGAUGGGAAGAUUUCUAUGAAACCCGAGAUCGCUUUGAGGAAUGGCUCAACAAAACUGAAGAGUCUACUAAAAUCUUGCCUGAUACCAAAGGAGAACUUGGUGAAAUGAAAACACUUCUUGAAAAGUAUAAGCACGUGAAGGAUGAGGUGCGAAACCGAAAAUCAGAUAUAGACAAUCUUAUGAGCGAAGCUACCGAACUAUCAAGCUGGGCUAAAGAUAACACCACGCUCAACCAAGUGAAAGUAUUAUAUGCUCGCUGGGAAUCGUUGGAUCAGCAAAUCGAUAAACAGAAAACUCUAAUCGAUGAUGAAAUGAAAGAAUAUAACGCAUACCACGCUGCUCUGCAAGAAACUGAGAAAUGGUUGCUACAGGUUUCUUUCCAACUAAUGGCUCACAAUUCUCGUUAUAUCGUUAGCAAAGAGCAAACGCUAGAACAAAUAAAGCAACAUCAAGCUUUGCUUGAUGAAAUUCGCAAUUAUGAAACCGUAUUGGAUGACUUAAAAACUAAAGGCCAUAACCAGAUCGAAAGAUACGAAGCAUUAAAUUCAUCAGUUAAACCAACUAUUCUGACACAAUUACAAAACGUACGUGAUAGCUACAACUCACUGCUUAAUACUGCACUGCAAAUUGAGAAUCGAUUGAGUGAAUCCCUCGCUAAAUUCCAAGAGUAUGAGAACACUCUGGAAAGUAUUAUGAAGAAUUUGGAAGCGUACGAGCCAGAGGUUGCAAGGGAACAAGAAGCACCGCUUGAUACAUUGGAAUCUGCAGAGGACAGCUUAGCAUCUGCUAAAACGUUGUACAACAAGUUGCAAGGAGAGAAGGCUCGACUCGUCGCUGCUGUCGAAGCUUGCGAAGCCGCAGCUGCAUGUGUCUCUAGACCAGGAAGCCCAUUGGAUGCUCCAUCAGUCCAAAUACCAGCUAAGGAGAUGGAAGUUCGUAAUCGUUUGGAUGAUCUCAUCGAUCAGCGUACUGAACAGAGCGAAACGGACUCCUCUAUACGCCUCAAAGCGCUUCUCGAUGGCAUCGAGCAAAAUGGUUGCCUAGACAAACUAAACGAUUUGUGUAAAAAGAUGCAAUCGCACUUGUCGAACGUGACCAAAGCCGUAAGCGAAUUGGAAGAGCAAACGCGCCAGAAGAACGCUCUAAUAACUUGGAUAAACCAGCAACGAGCGUUAUGCGCUGAGUGGAAAUCGCGACCGGCAAAACUGCGCGCCGAGGCUGCACAGUCCGAACUGCAGGCAAUGAAUGACUUGUUGACGAAUGUCGGUGACCGACGAAGUCGAGCCGAGGCCGAGUUUCUGAUCCGUCCAGAUGGACAAGACGCGGAUAUCGAGGAAGGAUUAGAUAAACUCGAAGCUGAGCUGAUUGAUGCCAUUGCUGGAAAACAAUCUGCUCAAGACCUAAUUCAGAAGUACCGUAAUGAGGUACACGAUAUUCACUCGUGGUUCGAUGCUUUAUCCAAGAAGGUGGACGUCAUUGAGAAAGGAAAUGGAUUGACUAUUGGACAAAAGAUUGCAUCUCUAAAAGAAAUCACUUCUGAAUUCGAAACGCAAGGUCCCGAAAGGCUGGAGGAUGUAAGGAAACUUGGUGAUCAAGUUAUGGAUUCAGUCAGCAACUUGGACUCUCAACAGAUCGAGGAACAGAUCAAAUCUGUCGAGCGAAGACACGGCGACAUCAGCAAAAAGCUCCAGAGAAAGGCUCAAGUUCUGGAGACAACAGCUCAGGGUAUCGAAGCUACGCGACGAGAAAUCGAAGAAAAUCGUGAAUGGAUCAGUGAUAAAAGACGUGUCGCCCGUAGUUCAGAACCUCUGGGCUACGAAAGCCGACAAGCUGAAGAAAGACUAUUGGCUCUGAAGGGCUUACUCAAGGAAGCAGAGGCAAAGCAAGUUCUAACCGAUUCAUUGGAGAAGCGUGUUGGUAACAUGACCAAUGAGCUCGAGGCCAGUGAACAACAACAGCUUGAACAGGAGGUGAAGGCUCUACGAGUAGAGCAGGCUGAGCUUUGCUCUAUCCUUAGAGAGGAGAUCUCCGCUGCAACGGCUGCAGCUGAAACUAGACGAAAACUGGAGAAUGAUUUGGAGAAGGCCAGGUUGUGGAUAAAGUCAACAAGUAAUGAUUUGAAGAAGCUGAGUGGUUAUCUUCCUUUGAAGGCUUCCAAGGUCGAGGAAGACAUUGCACAGCACAAUACUUUGACAUCUGAGAUCAGACGAUUUAGCGAGGGUAUGCUAAAGGAACUGUUGAAACAUGGUAAUGCGAUGUUGAGAGAAUGCAAUGACGAAGAUCGUGACAGGUUACAAGCUCUUUUGGACAAGGUCAACGACGAAUACCAUGAUCUGCAAAAAGAGGCGCACGAAAAACAAGCAGCACUUGCCGAUCUUUUGCAAGGAAGAAAGGCCUUCGAGAGUGAAAUGGACAAGUGCCAACGCUGGAUCAACGAAGCUGAAGUGGCUACGUCAUCCGAAAUUCGUACUUCCAGUAUUGAUGUACUUCGCGAACAACUUGCGAAGUAUGACAGAUUGAAGAAAGAAGCCAAAGAAUAUGCCGACGACAUCGAGAAGAUUGUGCAGCAGGGUAAAUCGAUUCUACCAACGAUAAGCGACGCCGAUAAGCUGGAACUCAGUGAACUGUUGAAGAACAUGAAAGAAGCUCACAGUCGCGUCUCAGGUGUCAUCAAUGAACGCGCAGCCGCCCUCCAGAAGAGCAUCGACGAGGCAGAGGAAGUAGCGGCUCGUGUUGCGGAGGCCGUCCAAUUUAUGACCGACAUUCAGCAAGAACUCCAGGAGUUGAACAAACCAAUCGGUUCACGAGUUGAAGAUGUCGAGGGAAUGCUAGCUGCUUACGAGAGAAUCUUGAACGAUCUUAAAGCCAACAAGGCCAAACUUUCGGAUCUUCAAUCGGUGAACGUCGGUGACUUGCACGGCGUUGUAGCUCAGCAGGACGAUUUGAUCCGAGCUCUCGAAGCUCAAAUAGCAAAACUCCGCCAAUUACUUCUGUUGAGACAGCAGUUCAUCGCCCUGGUUACCGAGAUCAUGACUUUUAUCGCUAAGUAUACGGAGAUCGUACGCGACAUAGAACAAGGCGGGCAAACCACCGAGGAGAAGAUCAAGAAGUACGAGGAUGUCAUCAGCAAGAUCCAAGAGUGCGAGGCCACUUUGGCUAGCGCUACAGAUAAGGGCCAGCAAAUAGCUGCUGAAGGUUCUACUGCUGACAGGAACAACAUCACAGAGCAGCUCCAAUCCCUGAAGCAACAACUCCAGACAUUGAGACGCGCUGUAGAACACCAACGAGAGCAGCAUGAACUUGCAGCUGCGGAGCACAGAAGACUAGCCAACGAACUUGCCGACAUUCUCGACUACCUCGAGGGCAAAGAGAAGGAGGUAAAGACUCGCCCACUUCUAGACAGACACGCCGAAAGCGUCGAGACCGAGCUCAAGAAGCACAAAGAUUUAUGCGAUGGCGUGAACGAGUACCUAGACAAGAUCAGAGAACUGAAGGAGUCGGUCAAACACGAGGACGGCAUGCCAGGUUCGCUGAAGGAAAUGUUCAGUGAAGCCAUGUCGCUGUUGUCAUCUCUGCCAAGAGAAAUGGAGGAACGCGAGAACUACCUGGAAAGCAACAUGCAAAUGAGAGUGGAUUAUGCUGCUCUUACCGAAAAACUGCGCAACUGGGUACACGAGGCCGAGAUCCGACUGGAGAGCGACAAGGAGGGUCUUGAUUUUGAAAACAUCCUCAGUGACUUGGAAGAACACAAGAUUUACUUCAGUAGCGAAGCCUCGAUUCGGGAGCUCGUUUCCCAGCAAAUACAGCAGGCGGCCGAUAAGAUCUGGCCGUCCCUAAGCGCAUCCGAGCAGGAAGAGUUGAGUGCGGAGCAGCAGCAGCACACGCAACUGCUAAAGAACACGCUAAACACCGCGAAAUCGCAACGCGCUAGGCUCGAACAGGGUGCGGAAAUGUGGCGGGAUUUCGCUCAGACGCUGGAGCGCGUCAAGGCAGUCAUCGCUAGAACCAGAUUCACCGAUGAACCCGUUACGACUUUGGCUGGAUUGCAGUUCAAUAUACAGAAGAUCACCCAUGCUCUCAAUGAUAUUCAGAAUCAACAAUACGAGCUAGACCUGUUGAACGAACGCGGUAAAGAGGUCUUGCGCCAGGCUGAUGCCUCUAACAAGACGAAAAUCGAGUUUCAGCUAACUGAGAUCGGUUCUGAGUGGCGCGAGCUUGUAUCAGGACUCGAGGGUCGUCGUGACGCUCUCGAAGCCCUUUCCAAGCACUGGGAGGAUCUUGAGUCAAAAUGGUCGAGCACUGAGACCAAACUAAACGCAAUCGAAGAGCGCAGCAAGCUUGUCGAUACCGUCGUACGAUCAAAGCAACACCUUUUGGACACCAUUAAAACACUUGACGAGCUAACGUCCGAGGCCGAGACUCUAAAGUCCGACGCAGACGAGGUGAGAGAUCUGGCAGGACCCGUUCUCUCGUAUCUGGCAGCCUUCACCGAGCCUCCUGCACGUGCUCUCGAAGAGCGCAUAGAAAAACUUAGCAAAGCCGUCGACACACUCGUCAGCCUGCUGCGCUCCAAGUCGGAAAAGUCGAGCGAGGACCUGCGCAGUUUGCGCCUCGUCGAGGAGGUGAUAGAGCGGCACCGCGAGCGCCUCGAAUCCAUCGGCGCGCGCAUCGGCCAGUUCCACGUGCACGGCGCCGAUCAGGCGGUGAUCGAGCGCGAGCUUGCCGAUCUCGGUGCGGAGCUCGACGAGGAGCUCGAGGCCCUUCGGGAAUUCUCGGGAGACACUAAGGCGCGGUACCAAGCCAGCCAGCAGCUGGUGCCGAUCGACGUUGCCCAGAAGCUAGCUGCCCUCGAGCUGCAGGCGGAAGACACGAGCCAAGCCAUGGAGGAGAAGCAGCGCGAGCAGAAGCGCGCCAAGACCACGAGGACCGACUACCUCGCGGACGUCGACGAGCUGCAAGCAUGGAUGCGCGAGGCCGAGCUCAAGGUCCAGGACCGGUCGUGCGAGCCCUCCAAGAUGAUGGAGAACCUGCGCCAGAUCCAGACCGAACUGGCGCCCAUGUCCGACAAGCUCGAGCGACUGACCAAGAACGGCAAGUCCAUCGCGGAGAACACGAGGGAUGAGGCCGAGAAGGAGAUGGUCGGCAGCACCGUGGCCAAUCUGACCGAACAGCUGGCUCAGGUCAAGGCCUGGCUGGAGGAAAAGAAACAACAGGUCGGCGACACCCUCGACGCCUGGCAGCGGUUCCUCGCGCUCCUCGAGGCUGUGAAGGCCUGGACCGCGGAGAAGCGCGUCUUCUUGGCCGAACCGUUGAAACUAGCUAGUCUCAAUCAGGCGCGUCAGAGGCUACACGAGUACUCGACCGCGGUAAAGAGCUGCAAGCAGGUGAACAAGAAUCUGAGCGACAUGGGCCGCGAACUGGAGGGCAUCGGUCAGGUAACCAGCGUUGGCGACUUGCCCCUCAAGCUCACGGAAGCGGAAGAGGCUAAGGUCGAAGUGGAGGGUCAGCUGUUGGAGAGGAACGCGCUACUGCAAGAGACGAGCGAAGAGUGGGAGCAGUGCGAGCGCAAGAUGAAGGACGUCAAGGUCUGGAUGGAGAAGGCCCGACAGAACCUGGAGUCGCCGCAGAACAAGAAGAAACCGCUGCGCGACCAACACGCGAUCCGCGAAAAGAUGCUAAGCGACGUGGCGAUACAGAAGACCAAGAUCGCCAUGAGCGUGGAGAAGCUGCAGGUGCACUUCCGAUCGGGCAUCGGUGGCGACAGCCGCGUCGUCGAAGCCGCGGACGAGAUACUUGCCGAGCUCGACGUUCUCAACGAGACCUUUAAAGAGCAGACUGCUUCCCUCGAAGCCUGUCUCGCUCAGCUAGAUCAGUACCAGCAGGAGAUACAGCAGCUCCGUCAGCAAAUCGUGCAAGUCGAGCAGCAGCUGAGGACGGUUCUCAGCCCAACGUAUUUGCCGAACGACAGAGAAAAGGCGCUGCAAGAACAACAGGCCUUGCGGACACGGCUGGACGAGUGGAGGCAGCGUACACGGAUUCUGGCCGAUCAAAUUCACGCGGUAGAUCCGCACUAUGUCCCUCCGAACCCUGAAGGUGGCAACAAACCACUCGGCCUUGUAUCUUACGCCGACAUAGCCGCAGGAAGGUCAAGAUCGAGCUCUCGCCACACAAGCCCAUACAAGAAAGCCAAAGAGGAGGCUCCUGCAACAGCUCGUGUCCAAAGUCAAUCUGAGAGCAAGCCGGUGGCUCCAUUGCGUAGCUCUACAAAAGCUAGCGAAGGUGCAGUCAAACCUCACGUUCUUGAAGCGAAGAUCAAAUCGACAAUUCAAGCACAAACUCAUGCAGAGACGCAAAAACAAAAAGCCAAAGAUAAUGCACAGGUGGAGAAGCAACAAAAUAAAGGGAAACCAGAGACUGCUCCUCGUCGCGGAAGAUCUCCUACAAGAAAGAUGCCAAACAAACAGACCUCUAAGAUUGCCGAAAGUGCAAAAAUAAGAGUUCCUAGUGUACAAAUAGAAGUGACCGAAGCUGAAGUGUCUAAAGUGCCAAUUCACGCAGAAGAGAAACCAGAAGUAACCGAGAGUCACGCAGAAAAAAGUUUAGCUCCUCAUGAAGAAAGACGUGGAAGAUCACCAAGUCCAAUAUGGAUUCCAGGAUCAACGACGUAUGCUGACGUAUUGAGAGGACGAUCCUCGAGAGCGUCUUCCGAGCCAGAUGAAAGAGUGGAUGAAAUGGUUCAUCUGAAAAUGAAAGAUUCUCGAAUGGUUAUGCGCGAUCGUUCUCCAACAAAAGUUCAGGAGUCGCAUGAGAAUAAAGCAAAUGUUCACGUGGAAUCAUCGAUUAUAGAGACUGUUUCCUAUCAACCAACAGUUCCCUUGCCAGCACAAACGGCAAUUUCAAGAACGGACAUGGAAGUAACCAGUUGGGCAGAUGAACCUCUCGAAGAUUAUAAUACUUUAACUGAAACUACUGUACCACCGCAGCAAGAAAUGUACAAUUACAUGCAUCCAAUGCCUGAACUAGUAGGGUUUAUCAAUUCUCCACUGAAUCCGUUCCCAGUAAAUACUUUUGUUUAUGGCCAAACCCAGCCUGUACAACCAUUAGAUCCAAUUGCUUUGAGAAGUUAUGAAACUCAUGUUCAAUAUGCGGGAGAACACUUUGUAGCACAAUCAAAUUAUAUACCUCCGGAAAUUUAUCAGCAAACUCGGGAUGUACAUGAAUCUAAUGUAACGACUAAAUUUAGUAAUGCAGAACCCAUAAUUUUGCCCCAGCGUAGUUCUGAUACUCAAUCAAAUAUUUCGUCGGAUUCUAAAAUAUCCAAUACUCUUAUCAGUACAGCAGAUACAAGUCAUGCGCCUGCUGUGUCAAGUAAAACUGAACAAGUUUAUAAAGAAUCUACUAAAAUCGCCGAGAGCAAUGCAAACAAAAAACUCGACAAGAAAAACAUACAAGAAGUUGAACGACAAACAAAAGCAACAGAUAAACAUGAAUCGUUUGAUCAAGUACAAUCACAAGGAUCAUCGUUUUCAUACGCACAGAUGUUGUCACGAGGGUUGACACCUAGAGAACUGUCAUCUCCAGCUUUUAAAGAAACAGAUAAGAUUGAAGGAACCCCAAGUGUAGAACACAAAAGUUCAAGCUCAGUUAGUGAAAAACCAAUCUCUUCAAUUACUGAAAAACAAGCUGAUAUUAAAGGGAAAACUGAGAAUUGGGACGUAAUAAAGAAAAAAGAUGGCAAAAGAAAGCAGCAUAUUGAGCAACCAUCUAAGAAAGAUGAAAGUGUCAAAAACAGUAAAAAAAAUAAAGCAGAAGCCCAGAAAGUUGAAAAUUUACAAUCGAUCGAAAGACAAUCCAAGAAAGAUGCUGCGGCACCUCAAACAGUUAAAUCAUUAACUGAAAAUGUAAAUCAGAUAAAAUGUGAAAAAACUAAAGAAGUCCCAAGAGAAGAUAGAAAAGAUAUUCAUCCUGCAAAUGUAGAUAAUUCUACUGAGAAAAAGAAAAAACAAAAAAAGAAGAAACAAGACAAAUCGUCCGAAGAUGAGAUAGACAAAGCUUUAAAAGAAAUCGAAGAUAUGGAUAAGCAUAAAACAAAAACUUUGAAGGACAAACCUAUUAAAAACUUGCCCAAAAAUAAAACUGAUGUAGAAGCAGAACCUAAACAUGAAAGUAAUCUAAAAGAGACCCUUGCUGAUAGGUCAACUCCCAAAGUUUCCAGUGAAGUUAAAGAAUUAAAAACGGAGUCUAAUACAGUAGAGAAAAAUAAUGUGAUUGAUCCAAAGUCCACCAUGCAAGAUGAAACUGCAUGCGAAAAUAAUCAAAAAUCAAACCUACAAGACCCUAAUCAAAAUAUGUCUAAAUCCAACAAAAAAAAGAACAAACAAGCCGCGAAAGAAAAUAAACCUUUAACUGAAGAAUUAAACAUUGUUUCAGAACAAAAGAAACCAAGAAAAAUGGGUGGUACUCUCAGCAGUGAUCAGAAAAGUUCAAAUGCAGAAAUCAAAGAAAAAAAUAUAGAAAAGGUUACGGAUAAAUUAGCAAAAGACUGCAAAAUUUCUGAAACUAUAUCUACUAAAACUAAACCCAAGAUACAGGAAUCCUCAGAUAGUAAAAAAUCAGAAGAAAAUAAACUCAUUUCUACGAAAAACGUUGGAGAUUCCGAAUCGAAUAAAAUUUCAAAGAAAAGCGAAGAUUUGAUUUCGAUCGAAAAAUCUAAUGUAAAUAAGGGAUCAAUAAAAUCGAAGACAUGCAAGAAAAACAAAUUAGAAGAAAUAAUUUCAAAACCAGAGAUAAAUGCAGCAACGAAAACUAAAAAAAUACCAGAUAAAGACAACACUAUAAUAAAAGAAGUUUCUCUGAUUGAUAGUAAAAUAACAAAUACAAGUAUUAAAACAACGGAAGCCGAAGAAAUAAGUACGAAGGUUGAAAAGAUCAUAAGUUUACGGCCAGAUAAUGUUGAAGCUAAUUUGACAACAACGUAUAUUGUAUCGGAAACUUUACAAAAGAAAGAAGAUUUGAUACCUGUUUUAACUAUGGAAGAAACAGAAACUAAGAUAUCAACUGGUUCUGAAUACUCAAUCAUGGUUUUAGAAGGUGAUGAAGAACCAUUAUUCGGCAGUGUGCAAAAUAGAAAAAAGACUUCGAUUAAAGCUCAUGCUGAAGUAAAUAAGCAAAAUAUAGAUAGCGAACAAUUUAACAAAGAUUCUCUUGAGAAAAAAGAGAAAAAUAAAAUAAAUGCAGAAGACACUAAAGUAUCGCAGGAUACAAGUGAUAAAUUGCCGAGAGAAACUUAUAUUAAUGAAAUAAUUAAACCAUAUCAAUUAGAUUACCAUACGUAUGCAAAAGCUGAAAAUGAUUUACAUCGUUUUUAUAAGAUAGAAAAAGUAUUACAAGAGCCGCAACCAUUAAAAUCGUCUGGUGAUACCAAAAGAGCUUUGAGUAUUGAAAGGAUUGUGCAACAGUCAAAAAUGAAAGAACCAGAAAACAAUAUAAAAUCUGAAUCAACUAUUUCAUCAACUGAAAUUGUCAGCCAAGAGCUUACAGUAGACGGAAAAGAGCUUAAUACUAAAUCUAAAGAUUUGCCAGUAAUAAAUGCGCCUACAAAUAGAUUAAAAAUUAAAGAUGAUAUAGUUGGAAGCGGUAUUCAAUUGAAAGCUUCAGAGUUAGAUUAUCAACACAUUUCUAAUACAUCUACGAGUCAAACGAGUUUAAACGUUCAUCUGAAAUCUGAUGAUACGUGGAUGGAUCUUUUAGAUGAACCAAUAACCAUAGACGAUGAUUUUGAUAGAGAUAUUUCUAAUAAUUUUAAGGAAGAACAAGAAACUGCAAAAGCAAUUCAGCAACAAAAAACUAAAAAAGAGGAGCAACCUCAAAAACAAGAACCGAAGAAGCCGAAAACUAAAGAACCCGUCACUGAUAAGAAAGGACCGGCAGAAACAGUAAGACCUCAAAAUGAUGACAAUAUGGUAGAAAAGUCUGAAAAAGAAAUAGAUAACAAGGAAACGAUUCAAAAAUGCGAGACUACAGUAGAACCUGAAAAAAAGGUGUCUCAGAAUAAAAAACCUAAAAAGCAAGCGGUCAAGAUAGAACUUGGAGAAAAAGAAAUUAAUAAAGAAAAACAUUUAAAUCAAGACAAUAAAAAAGGAUCUAAGGCACAAGCAGAUGAGGAAGAAGAGACUCAAAAAGAGAAGACGAAAAAAAAUGAACUCAUAAAACAAGAAGAUAAGAAUAAUGAAUCUGAAAAACAACAAAUACAGAUAGAAAAACCUAAAAAACCAUCUGAGAUACAAAUCUCAAAAGUCGAACAAGCUCUGAAACAUACAGAAGAACUAAAGGGGAACGAAAUCAAAGAAUCAAAAAGACUUCAAAAAAGUAAUGAUGUAGACCAAAUAGAAAAUGAAAAAAUACAGAUUAAAGAAAAGAAAUCGAAAAAGCACCAGCAAAAGAACGAACAGACACCUCCGGUAGAAAUUCAAUCUUCUGACAGUAAUAAUGAAAAGGUGAUACUUAAAGAAGAACCCGUGCGACAAACGGCUAAGAGAGAUAAACAUAUAAAACAAGACUCUAAGGAAGAAAAAUCAGAGAAAUUAGUAGCUAACAAGCAAGAACCAAAAAAACUAGACUUAGAGUCAGAAAAACGUAGAGAACAAAUAGCAAAACCAGAACCUCAAAAGGACAAGAGUAAACCAGAAAAACGCGAGGAACAAGAAGAUGAAAAAGAGCAACCUCAGAAAGAAGAUUUAAAUACACAAGCGCCUAUUGCAAAAGUAGCUAAAAAGGAGCAUUUCGUAAAUAAGGAAUCUGAGAAACAAAUUACAAAAGAGGAACCACAACAACAAAAAUCUAAAGAAAAAACUGAAAAGCAAGUAACCAGGAAAGAGGAUAUUCAAAAGAAAGAGUCUAGAAAAGGAAAAUCUCAGGCUAAGGAAGAAGAAAUUAAAGAACAAGAAAACAUAAAAGAAGAAACUCUUAAACAAGUAUCUCAGAAAGUAAAAGCUGACGAACAAGUAACUGAAGAAGAGCAAACCAAAAUAAAAGUAUUGAACAGAGAAAGAAUUCAAAAACAGGAAUCGAAUCAAGAAAACUUUGAGGAAAAGUUAAAUAAACGUGAGAAACCGGAAUCCAGAGAACAAGUACCUAAGACAAAAGACCACCAGCAACAAGAAUCUAGAAAAGGAAAAUCUCAGAAACAGCAGGCUCAUGAUGACAAACCGAAAGAAAUAGAAACACUGGAACAAGAACUUCAAAAGCAGGAGUCUCAAUAUGAAAAACUCAAAGAACAAGAAACUAAGAAAGAGGAAGCCCAGAAACAAGGAUCAAAGGAGGAUGAGUCACGAAAAAAAGAAUCUAUAAUACAAAAAAUGGAAGAAAUCACUAAGAAAGAGGGGCCUCAGGAACAAGAAUCCAAAAAGGGAAAGUCUAAAAAAAAACAGACUAAAGAAGAUAAACCUGAGGAACAAAAGACAAUGAAGGAGCAACCUAAGAAAAAAGAAUCUAAAAAUAAAAAUGCUAAGGAACAAGUCAUUAAGCAAGAGGAGCUCCAAAAACAAGAAUCAUCAAAUACGGAACUCCAGGACGAAAUAAAUAAUAAAAAAGAACCACAGACACAAGAUACAAAAAAGGAAAAAUGUGAAGUAUUAGUUACUGAUAAAGAGGAUUCUUUAAAACAAGUUUCCAAAAAACAGAAAUCUGAGGAUAAAAAUGACACUACGAAAGAGGAACCUCACGAAUCUAAAAAAGAAAAGCUUAAAGGACAAGUAACUAUGAAAGAUGAAGAUCAAAUUCAAGAGUUUAUACAGGUGCAAGCAAAUAUUAACGAACAAGUUACUGUAAAAGAAUCGCAGUCUGAAGACUCUUCCAAUCUAAAGAAAGAAAAAGAUCAACUUCUUGAGAUGUUAAUAAAAAAAACUAGAAAAGAUGAAUUUAAACAUACUUGCACAGACGAUUGUGGAAGUAAACAAGGUAGUAAUAAGGAAGAAUCAGAAGCAAAUAGUCAGUCAGAUGUGCCAAAAUCUUUACCAGCACCAGACGAUUACUUAUAUAGAGAAAUCAAUUUAGAUUUCCCAAAACCUAAGACAGAUUCAUCACCAAAAGGUCCAGAAUGUUUAUCAGGAGCACAACUAUUAACUCCUGAAUUUAUUGACAACUUUAUUGAUAAUCACCCUUGGAGUGCUGAUCUUACUCCAGAAGAACAAGAAGAAUUUGAUUAUAUAAUGAAAAAUGAGACACUUCUAUUAGAUCUUCCACAAUUCCAAAAACGUGAAUGGUACAUAGAAAUAGAAAGAAGAGCAAAAGAAAGAAGAAAAGAGGAAGAAGAAAGAUACACACAACUAAUGAAAGACGAAUUGAAACAAGAAGAAAAAGAUGAACCGGACUUUGUCAAGGAAAUUAAAGAAGUAGAAGCUACAAUGGAUUUUUCACAGUUACCAGAAUUUAAAGAACUAGAGAAAGAAUCUACACAGCCUGCAUGGAAACCGGUCGCAGGUACAUCUAAAAAACAAUUGACCUCUGUUGAAUCACAAAAACAAAAAUUACCUUCGCCUACAGAAAUUAAAGCCAAAUCUCAGACAGAACUCCUUAAAGAACAAAAAAUAGAAGAUGCUUUAAAGUCAGAUAAUAAAGAUUCUAAGACAUCACAACAAAAUGUAUCGGCAAACACUGUAACAACAGUAAAUCAACAAGAUUCGAAUACAACAACUAGUGGUCAAAAUGAAUCUAGUAAGGGAAAAUCGAAAAAGAAAAAGCAAGGAAAACCGAAAAAUAACACAGCAAUACAAACAGCCGAAGUUAGUAAAGAGGAUGUGAUUAUCAAAAAAGAAGAAAACGACAAAGAAGCAAUAGUUGAUAAAGUGUUGGAAAAUACUCCGAUUAAAACGAUCAGCACUUCAGAAAACCAAACAGCCACUCAAUCAUUAGAUUCUACAGAUAAAACGUACGCUGAAAUUGCAGCUACGUCCAACGAAUUAGUUAAAAUUGACAAACAAUCAACUUACGAAUGCCAAACUCAAACCAUACUCGAUAAAGUAGAAGUGAGAAAAGAUGAACCAAUUCUUAAAACAUCGAUUAAUAAAGAAUCGCUAACGAGUGCUAAUGUUAAUGAUGAUAAAACAGAAGUACUGCCACCAAAAUCUAAAGCAGUUGAAGUAGAUGAAAUAGGUAAACUGUCUACAUCGUACGCAGAAGUAGCAGCUAAAAAAUCUUUGGAUUUAGCAGAUAAUCUUCAUUUAGAACAAAACAAUACAGUUAUUGAAACAAAUACUAAACCAUCAAUUGAAGAUAAAAGAGCUCUUCCACAAAUACAAGUCGUUUCAGAGGAAGGACUCGAACCAAUUGAAAACGUGGUUCAGGUAGACAAUCAAGGAUUUAUGGAAUUUGUUAAUAGAAAGGAAUUGCGUUCUCGACGUUCGCGAUCACGCUCUCGCAGUUUGCGUAGAUCCGAUCAUCAUGAAAAAGACAAAAUUGCUGAUUCACCAAAGCCAUUUGAAAACAAAAAAGAAUCAAUUACAAGCAAAGAUUUGACAAAAUCCUUAGUUAACAUACCUGAUGAAUUAUUUAAGCAAGAAAAUGCUAAAAAAGAACGAAAUAUGAGCACUAAUGUAAACGAUAGAGACCUAAAAACAAGCAAGGAAGCUCAACCAAAAAAUUCUAAAAAGGGACAGGAUGAAAAAUCAGUAGAGACACCUAAGCAACAAAGUUUUGAAAAAGGCAAGGGAAAACUGAAGCAGCAGAGUAAGAAGGAACAAGAAUCUAUAAAACAGUUUGACAAGGAAAAAGAAGAAAAUUUAACAGUUGUAGAAAUGUCAAAACAUGCAAGUGUUGGAGAAAAAAAUGACAACAAAGGUUUGGUACAAUUGCAGAGUAUAAAGAAAGAAAAAGUUAAAGAGACACCUAAGCCAACAAAUCAAAAGGGACAACAGACUCCAAACCAAAAGCAACAACAAAAUCUAAAGAAAGAAGAAUUGGAGCAACAAGAAUCUAAGAUAGAAAAGCUUGAGGCCAAAAUAGAUCAAAAAGAACCUCAACAAGAAGAGUCUAUAAAAGGAAAAUCGAAAGAACGAAUAACUAAAACGGAACCACUGAAGCAAGAGGGUAAAAAAUCAAAAGCUACUGAAAAAGUACCUAAAAAAAUAAUAGUUGAGGAACAAAAAAAUAUAAAGGAUAAACCUCAGAAACAACCGUCUCAAGAAGAAAACCGUGAUGAACAAGGCACUAUGAAAAAAGAGCCAAAGCUACAAAACACUAAAGUAGAAAAACAUGAGGAAACAGCAGUCGAAACGGAAGCUAAAUCACAAGUGUCUAAAAUAAAGCAGCUAGAAGAACAAGUGGCUAAAAAAGAAGACAUUCAAAACCUUGAGCCUAGAAAAGAAAAUUUCGCACAACAAGGAAUUAAAACAGAUAAAUCUGAUAAACAAGUAUGCAAAAAGGAAAAAAUUGAUGAAAAAUCCAAUAAAAAGAUGGAUCCUCAAAAACUUGAUUCUAAAAUAGGAAAAUCUCAGAAACAACAGUCUCAAGAAGAAAAAAGCGAUGUGAAAGUUACCGUUAAAGAAGAAUAUGAACUAAAAGAUACCAAAAGAGAUCAACGUAAGGAACAAGUAGCUAAAAAAGAAGAAUCUCAAAGACGAGAAUCUAAAAACCAAGAAGCCUUAGAACAAGCUUUAGAGCAAGUAGUUAAUAAAGAGGUACCGCAUAAAGAGGAUUCUAAGAAAGAUAAAUUUCGUAAGCAACAUAAUAAGGAAGAAAAGCCCGCAAAACAAGCCGUUAAAAGAGAAGAACUGGGGAAACAAGAGUGUAACAUUCAAAAACCCGAGGAGGAAAAAAUGAUAAAGGAACAUGAGCAAAAGCAGUCUGGAAAUAACAAGUUCCAAGAACAAGAAGAUAUAACAGAAGAAUGUCAGAAAAAAGUUUCUAGAAAGGAAAAAGCUACAGAGCAAGUAGCUAAGGAAGAAGAAUGUAAAAUGCAAAAAUCCAAACAAAAAAAAGAAGAUGCCUUGGAGCAAGUCACUGUAAAGAAUAAACCUCAGAAACAAGAUUCCAAAAAGCAAUCAUAUGAGAAACAGCAAUUAAAAGAAGAUAAAUUAAAAAAUCAAGUCACUAUAAAAGAGGAAAUUCAGCAACGAGACUCUCAAAUUGGAAAAGUAGAGGAAAAAGAAACUCAACAGGAUAAGCCCAAGAAAGACGAACCAAAUGAAACAGUAGUUAAAAAAGAUGAGCAUCAGAAAAAAGAAUCUCAAAAUGAAAAAUUUGUGAAACAAGUGGCUACGAAAGAAGAAUCUAGAAAAGAAGAAGCUGUAGAGCAAGUAAGCAAGAAAGAGGAACCUCAGAGGCAAAAUUCUAAGAAUGAAAAAUCGCAUAAACAGCAGUUUAAGAUAGAAAAACUAGAGGAAGAAGCAAUUAAAAAAGAAACUCAACAGAAUGAGACAAAGAAAGACAAACCAGAAGAACAAGCAUCCGUGAUAGAAAAAUGUAAGAAAAAAGAUCGCAAACAAGAAAAGUCUGAGGUGAAAAAAGUAGAACUUGCGGAUCAAGUGACCAAAAAAAAUGAAGUUCAGAAAUGUGAGACUAAGAAAGAGCGUCAAAAUGAAAAGGCUGAAAAAGAGAAACACACAGAACAAGAGAUUAAGAAAGAAAUAAUUCAGAAGCAAGAAGAUAAUAAAGUAGAAUCUAUCGAACAUGAAGUUCAAAAGAUAGUAGCAGAAAAAGAAAAUAUACAAAAAUCAGAUGAUUUAUCAAAGAAAAAAGUUAAUGAAAAUAAGGAUGAGCAAAAAUGUAAGAUUAUCAAAACAAAGGCAGAUGCGAACGCGGAAUCUCAAAAAUCAAGUAAAUGUGAGCAAAAUCGAAUGGAUGAUAAGAAAAUACCAAUCGAUAAGAAUAUCUCAAAAGUACAAGAAAAAUUUCCAAUCAAAGUUGGCGAUAAAGGGUUUGAAAAGGAAGUUUCUAAAGCAGAGAAGAAAAUGACAUCAGAUUUAAUUAAAAUAACAAGUCAACAAAUAACGACAACUGAAGCAAAUGAUAGUCAAUCAAUGUGUACAAAAGCUACCUUGGUUUCAUCUUCAUCAGAGCUUAACGCUGGUCCAAUAGAAGAAAAAAUAAAAGAUAAAUACAAUCAUGAUAAAGAAACAGUUAAAAAAGAAGAAACUCAAAAGGCUAUAAAGCCUGUAACAUUGGAGGAAUCUACAUCUACAAAUGUUGAACCUCAGGAAAAAUCAAACCAAACUUUGGUAGCUAAACCUUCUUUGAAAUCCGAUAUUGAAAGUACAACAAAACCAAAAGUAACGUUUUAUAUAGAUGAUGAAAUGGUUGUCGUUUCUCAAAACAAAAUAAAACAAAAUAAAGAUACACCUGAUGUUUUAAGAGGAGAAAAAUUGGAGACACUACCUUCUUGGAGUAUGUUUAUCGCUGAAGAAAGUGGUUUUUGGCCUAACAAACAUGCGUACGAAGAAGCAGAACGUGAAUUAUUUGAAGCACUUGCUCGAGAAAUGAAAAUACAUAAAAAACAGCAAGCAGUUGACUCUUCUAAAAAUGAUUCUAACGAUAAAGAUGAUCCUAGUGGUAACUCUGGAAAGGGCGGAAAGUCAGAUAGCUUCAAUGAAUCACAAUCCUCUAGUUCUAAUAAUGGAACCCCCCGUACUGAACGUUUAGUAGCGGAUUUACCAGGCGGAAUAGGUAGCUGGAGUGAUUAUAGCACGUAUUUGUCCCUUGAAAAAAAUGAACAUUAUGAUGACGAACAGGAAGCACUUUCGGAGAAUACUAACUUACCGAAAACUAUUGAUCCUUAUCCUGAUUCAUCCAAUUCAUACUCCGAUCGACCACUAUCCUCUUCAGAUCCUUACAUGAAUUUAGGUAAAAAGGCAAGCAGUUCUAUAGGGAUGCAGGAUAACCUAGGUGAAACGGAGAUUCAUGACCAGGCUCUGAAGACCCAAGAGAAUAUAACUCUAACAAUUAAGGAAAAAAUGAAACACAAUAUUGAUGAUCUACAGCUGGUAUUGGCUCAACUUGAAGGGGCUUUGAGAUCUCUUCCUCGCGAUAGUUUGCAGACCAUGAUUAGUGCUCUUUCGACAAUACUAGCAGACUUGAGGUAUUAUAAUCAAGAAGCUAGCAGAAUUGAUAAUGAAAUAAAACAAGUACCUCAAGAUGUUGAAACUAAAAAACUAGAAACAUCAAUCGGAGAAAUACGGAAAAGUCUUGCUUAUUUACUUUCACAAGCUGAACAAGGACAGUCUACACUAGAGGAAGCGCGUGAAACACAAGAAAAAAGAAAACAAGAAAUUAGAGCUUACAAGCAAUGUCUUGAAGAGACCGAAACUUGGAUUAGACACGUCAAAUUAACGAUUAAUGAUGAGAGAAGCACCCUUAACUAUAAGGCAUUACAAGAGGAAAUAUCAUUCCGACUGCAACAAUUGACAGAGUUAGAAUCAAUGACUGAAAUCAGUGAAUUGGCCAGGAAUUUGAAAGAGGCUCUACAAGAUAUGGCAAACCAUCUUUUACGGAAGCAGCAGAUGGCCGACGAAAAUGAGCCAUUGGUUCAGGUUGAAACGGCGAGCAGUGUCGACGCCACGCUUGAUCAAGAAUCAUCAGUUCACUCUUCUCUCGAAGAUAAAUCUCCAUCUUUAGCCGACGUCUCUUUGCAAACCGGUCAAAGUUUGAUUCAAGACGUAAUAGUCGAACAGUCAAAGCCAGAGCAGUUGACAAAACAAACAUCAACAAGUUCUAUACCAGUUUCUACGGCUUGUCAAACAUUUGAAAGUGUUGAAAUUCCUCCAUUAUUAAGCUCUUUCGAUAAUCCUCAAAUUCAAGAGACAAUAAAAGUUGUGAAAAGUACCGAUGGUAAACACGACGUCAUCGAAAUUGCAACUAAAAAUAUUGUGCCUUUAAGUAGUCAAGAACAAGUGUGGCGUGAGCAGCUAGUUACAAAUCCAGAAGAUAUCGUAGUCGACAUGAAAUACCAAGACGCGCAAAAACAAGAAAACGUAACCUCUGAACUAAAUAUACAACAUGCUGCGCCUCAGUCUUUUGAGACAGUUCUCGUGGAACCAGACGACGUCACAACAGAAGUAGUGGUAGAUAGCGAUGGAACAAAGAGAAUUAUCGUGCGUAAGCUUCGCAGAACACUCGUUACGAGUAGACAAACAAUGCAGCAGCACGUUUCGCAAAUGUCUACUGCGGUGGGUGACGGUCCUCCAGUAGUACAAGCAUUUUCUGAAGCUACUAUGCGGGGACAGCAAGUAACGGUCACAACAACAAAACCAGACGGUACAGUGGAAAUGGCUACGAAGCAAACGUAUGGUGGAAAAGUUAUGACCGGAACACCAGGAGAUCAGUUAAAUGUUGAAGAAUAUGAAGGCCUCCCGCAAUAUUCGCAUCGCAUCAUACAAGGCGACAUUAAAGAUCUAAGCCCAAAGCCUGCAGACGUGGAUGAUGCACUUAUUGAUGGCGGCGCAUACCGUACACAGACAUCAACUGUGCAUGCCGUAGUGCAGCAAGUGACAAGAAAAGUGAUUAGAAAAACUCGCCGAAUUAUUAGAAAAGUCACUAUCAUCGAUGGUAAAGAAGUAACUAGUGAAGAGGUUGUAGAAGAACCUGAAGAAGUUGAAAUUGACGAAGAAAAUAUUCCUCAUAUAAGCAUUAACGUUGUGAAAUCGGGUGAGCAAGGAACGUUUGAAACAAGUUUGAGUCAAGAAAAGCAAGGGCAAGGAAAGGCUCAAGUUAUAGAGCUAGAGGUUGCUAAUGAACAACCACAGGCUGAGAUUCCAGUGCAAGAUAGCGCUGUUCCAAAAACUACAACAGAACCGCCAAUCAUAGGAGAAAUGCAAGAAACGUCAGAUAAACAAAAGUCGAAAAAACCGAAAAAGAAAAAAUCAAGAAAAAGUUCUGCAACACCUCCAGAUUCUCUCGAAUCCGAUAGAACGUACACGAUUGAAGAAAAGAUCGAUUCCUCAAGCCAGGUAACAUCCGAAGUUAAGCAAGUUUCUAUCGACGAUUCUAAGAAAAUCGUUGACAUAACCGAUGAUAAAAUCAAGCCUCAUGUAGAAGAAAAACAUGAACAUGAAUAUGGGCAAAUCGAGGUAACAAUUCCGGAACAAAGCUCUGUGGCCAUAGAGAGCCAACAAUUUAUAGAUUCUGAAAAAUGUGCUGUUUUACAGACACCUUUCGAGCAAUCAAUCGAAUCAACAAGUAAGGACGUAUCUUCUCUAGAAUCAACAACCAUCGAGGAUAUACCAACUAUAACAAAAGCUAGUUGUAAGUUUGAAGAAACACCUGUAGGAACGUCUUUCGAAACACAUGUUAAACUAGAAUCUGGCACAGUAGAUGUAGAACAGCACACUGAUGUUAUUGAUAGAAGCACAGUAAACAUUGAUCAUCAUUUCCAGUCAGAUCUUACUGAUAUCCCACAGAAAGAAGAUUAUAUGAUGGAUAACGCCAAUUCAUUGGAAUCAUCCAUUAAAUCAGAAACAGCAAAAUUGCUGAUGGAAGAGAGAAAACGAUUUGAGGAUAGUAAACGAAAUUCUGAAAAUAAAGAAAAUGUUCAAGUUACUAAUGCAGCCAUUAAACCAAGCAUAAAAUAUUCUCAAGUAGGUUUACAAACUGAACAUACCGGUAAGAUACAAUCGGUUGAUAUUUCAUUAUCAAUUCAAAAUCAAAAGAAAACAGAUACUGGUCCAACAGUAUCUGUUGAAUCGCACAUUGAACAUCCUGGCCCGAGUGUACUAACUGUCUCUGAAGAAAAUGUAAACAUUACAUUACCACCUGAAGUAGAAACUGUUAAACAUAUAUAUAAUAAAGUAAUUCAAACAAGUUCACUUGAUUCGCCAACAACAGAUAAAGAAUCUGAUACUACACCUACUACACCACAAAAAGAAAAAGAGAGUGUACAGAAGGCACCAGAAAUAAGUGAAAUUAAUAUUCCUAUAAGUCGUAAAAGUAGGAAAAAGAAAAAACACAGAGAGAAAAAGGACAAUGAAACGUUAAGCGAUGAAGAAUCUAGUGGAUCUGUUGUAACAACUACAAUAGCAGAUUCUGUUGAACUCGAUGUGCCUCACUCUGACUCUUCAAAACAUAUAACAGAGCAACCGCAACCUGACGUUUACGAAGUUGCAGAAUCGUCAGACACUUUUUCUGCGCAAAAAGAUGAGUCUCCUGAAGGCGAUGGAUACGAAGCAGAUCAUAGAACAACUGUUGAAGAAGUUUCAACCGAAUUUGAUAUUGAUGCUAAAAAGAAAAAGAAAAAAAGGAAAAAGAAGCAAAAAGCUCGUGCAUCGAAAGAGGAAGAUUCUGAAUUACUUAAAAGUAUAAUACAAGCUGAACCAAAACAAGCAACAACUAUUGACGAUGCCCUGCCCGAAUCAAGUAACCUUAAAACUAAUGAAGCAGAUACGCAGACAGCCGUCGAUACUCGAGAUGUUUCGGUUGGUGAACUAGUACCACCGAUUACUGAAGACUUGGUUAGUCCUAUCGAAACACCCUCAAAAUUAGAAAAAAUCACUAAAUUAGAACGUGAAAUGCAAACGUUAAAAGUAGAAGAAACGAAUACUGAAAUUCAAACUUCUCCAAGGCCUGGAAAGGAUACCGGUUUACAAACUUGUUUGGAUUUAAAACCAGACAGCGAAGAUACUGCAAUGCAAACAAAGACGCCGGAUAUUGUUUUGACUGGAGAAAUUGCUCUACAAACAACCCCUAGAGAAGAAAAAUCCCGUACCUCAAUUCCUACCGUUCCUUCACUAGAAGCCGAUACACAGACAACUACUACACAAGUAGAAAAUUUAGAAAUACAAACAUCGCCUACAGAAUCUAACUUAAUAACAGAAGAAACAGAAGUUCAAACAUCCACUGAAUUUCUUACCAAUGCUGAACAGCAAACAACUCCACCUCCUGAUUAUGCAAGUGUUUUGGAAGAAAUUGCAAUACAAACGCAAUCACCCGAGUGUGUGGAUUUGAUUGAGAAUAGCAUGCAAACAAGUGCAGCUACUUCACCAGAAAAUCUAAAAAUUGAAAUUGAAAAAGAGGACAUUGACGUGCAAACAAAUCCUAUCGAAGAGGCACAAGUAAAUACUAUCGAGACUCAAACAACGCCAAAAGCUACAACACCGGAAUUAGAAACCCAAGAAAUCGAAAUACAAACAAGUCCGAUUGAAAGUCCGCAAACACCAAUUGAAAAGGAACCUUUGAUACAAUCUAGCGUUGAGGAACCAAAGCUUUUAGUAGAAGGAGAAUCGCAAACCAGUAGCCCAGAACAGAAAAUUACUUCAGAGUUAUCAAUUCAAACGAUGACUCACGAAAUCGUUCCGACCAUCGAAGAGAGUAUUCAAUCUGUUCCAAAUACUACUGAAAUUAGUUCUCAAACUGUGCCCGAUGAAAAAAUAGACGAUGCUUCAUCUUCGAAAACUGAAAUACUAGACUUGCCAACAUUACCAUCUAGAGGUGAGCAAAGCAGUUUAGGAGACACAGUAUCAGAACCUUGUAAUGUUAAAAUCGUUAUCGAAGAACCAGAAAAAGUUGAGCAGCCAGACCAGCCAGAAAUCGGUAUCUCACCAGAACAGAAUUCUUUGGAAGAAGAUGUACCCUCUGUAUUAAGCGAAUCUGAAAAGAGCGUGCAGUUAGUUUCGCCAAUGGUAGAGAUACAGAAUGUUGAAGAGUCGAAACCUGAAUCUGACAAAAUAACCGAAUCAGGUGAUCUGUCAGUUCAACCAAAAGAAAGUGAAAUUAUUGUAAAAUCACAUGAUCAAACUGUCAAAGAUAAAACUCCAGAUACUUCGAUUUCAGAAACAAAAUCUAUAUCCCAAGAGGUAAGCUCUACCCCUGAUACAUCAUACGAAAUUCAAAUUGAGGCCACUGUGGAGGUUUGCGGUAGUACUACUCCAGAUUCAAUAUCCCAAGAUACAACUAUAACUGAAGAACCAAGCGAAGAAGAGGCUUUGAAAGCCAAACGCCAGAAAAGAAAAAGGCAUCGUCACAGAACCGUUGAAAUUCGGGAAUCUAUUCCAACUGAUGAUAAAUCUUCGUUUGAAAGUAUAUUCGGGCAACCACUUAAAACACCUGAAGCGGAAACUUCUUUGAAACUGCCUUACUCUGAAGUCGCAAAAAGUAACACAGACAAUAAAUUACCAUCCGAACCAAUGGGUACAAGCGAGGAACCUUUACUUUUAAUGGAAUCUGGUUUAGCCAAGCGUGAAGAUGCAAAACACUUGUCUUCAGAUUUAAUUAUUGCAGAAAAAAAUAUCAACAGAGUGCCUCAGCUGGAGAUCAUUCAUAAAACUGAAUCGAUCAAACUUAUGUUAGAAAACAUAAAAGAUUCACAAAAGUUAAAACCUUCUCAUCUAUCUAACGUAUUGCACAUUUCAACGCUGGAAAAUUCAGCUCUGGAAAAAUCUUUUGAAAAUAAAGCAUCGGCAGUUCUCAAAGACUUGAAAGCGCUGAAAAAUGCUGUGGAAGAAAAAAAUAUUGUAAUCAUCGAAGAAACUUUUAUUACAGUCGUAGAAACAAUUUCAACUUGGCUCGAAACAAUAGAAUCGAGAAUUUUCCUAGGACGAGAAUGCCCAAGUGGACCAUCUUCCAAUGAUACAAAAAACUUUGUCGAAUUGAAAGAAGAAGUUCAUUAUGUUGAAGAGAAAAUUAAGGAAUUAAAUUCAUUACUAACAGUAGUAGAGAACUCUUACCCAGAAGAAGAGAGAGAGCGAAUCAGGCAAUGCGUCGAAGCACUAGAAAGUCAAGCUAAAACAAUCGAGGAGGUUGCUAUCGAUGGAGAAACGCACGUCAAGACUGAGCUAGCAAGAUGGGAUGAAUUUUUGAACGGGGUUAAUAAUGUUGCAAAGCUGAUAGAGGAACAAAAAAAGCAACUAGAGUCUUUGAUUGACAGCGAAGCUCCAACUGUGGCGAAGCUUGAGAAAUUGGAUAUAAUUGACAGCAACAAUCGCGAUCAUAUGCGCGAAGUAAAUAAAUUGUUUGCCGAGGCCAAAGUACUCCUGCGUGACUACCCGGGCAAAGAAAUUCCUCAAGGAUUAAGCAUUGCAGAAGAAACAACGGAAUUCAUAGAGCAUACAAUUAUCAUUGAACGGGACAGUCUGUUGGAGUUACUAUCAUUAACGGGAGAAUACGAACAAACUCUGCAUGAAUUUUCUCAGAUCACUAAAAUUGCCGAAAAUCUUUUGGACAGCCCGAUCUCGGUUUCAAACUUGCAACAUCUACAAGACGAAAUGCAAAAACAUAGAAAGUUCUUCGUGAACUUGAAUCAUUGCCGAGCUAUUUUAGAAUCAUUGGAAGACAAUUUAGAUCCCGAAACCAAACAGAUUUAUUCAGAACUUCACGAAGGAUUACACAGCAAAGCAAUGGCUUUGUUAGACCAAGCGGCUUCGAAAGCUCAACAGAUGUCGCUCGCUGCCUCAAGAUGGGUGGUUUUGGAACAAGGCAUCAAGGAAGAAAGGGGCUGGCUUCAAGUCGCGCAUCAACGAGUACCCGAUUUACAAAACGUUACGUCAAACGAAUACGACCAGUACAUCUCACUUUAUCAGAACCUAUCGCUUGACAUUGCAAACCAUCAUGGCCGAAUUCUCCAGCUGCUGGAUUUAGCUCGCAAUCUUCAGAAUUUGAUAAAUAUCGAAGAUCCGGAUGAUUGUUAUGGCGAAGCGCUAGAAGAGAUCGCCAGGCUUCAAGAAACCGUCGACUUCUCGCUGAGGCUCUUACUGGCGUUCCGCGAAAGCUGGAGUAACCAGGAAAUGCUGAUUAAUAGACUCGAGAAUUGGAUGUCUAGAGCCGAGAGAGAACUUGCCACGGUUAAUGAUCCUACCGGUGGACACAUGAGACAAUUUUGGGAACUGAGAGCUCAGUAUGAAGUGCACAACAACAUGCGCAAAGAAGCCGGCAAUUGCUUCGAGCAAGCCUUGCGACUCGUGCCAUUAUCGGAUGAAAUGCUGCAACGACAAUACCACGGAGAAAUGCAGAAGCGCUGGAACAGCGUAUCAGAUAAAAUAAAGAGCAUACAGGACGCCGUGAGGAGCACCAUCACGUCGGAAGACGUACCGGUUAAUGAUAAACUAAACCUACUCGAGAGAGAACUCAACGAACUGAAGAUAACCAUCGACGAAUUCCACGGAGUCAUGAAAACCGUGGAGGAGCUGCAACUUUACGUCGAGAGGAUCUCUGUUCUCUUCGAACGAGUUUGCGUGAUACAGGACGAGCUGGGCAGACUGGGCCUGUUACCAGCCGCGGAGAGCGAGCGCGUGGGUUUCCUGCUCUCGACAGCCCGUCACCUGGAGAGCCUCCUCAGCGAGGAGCUGGACGCGGCGCAGCUCUUACGCGAGCGGCUGCAGUCCCUGAAACGGGGCAUCAGCCGCAUCCGCAAGGCCCACCAGCGGCAGAGCAUCGUGCUGGACCAGUGCGAGGCCAGCGAGCGCCAGGGUAGCGACGUCGUGGCUGCCGCGGUGGAACGCUGCCAGUCCGUCGGCGACGAGCUGGCCCAGAUCUGGCAGGAGAUAAUGGGACUCAGGCAGAUGCUGCACACCUUACCCACCAGCAUGCGCAUCUCCGUCUCGCCCGUCGGUAUGGAAAGAGACAUCUCUGGAUUGCAGGACAAGCACGAGCAGCUCGAGGCGAGGUGCGUCAGGCUGCUGGGACUGCUGAAGGGCAGACUGGGCCUGUGGAGGCGGUUCGAGAAGCAACUGGAGAUGGUGCAGCAGUCCGUUCAGGAGACCGACUACAUGAUGGAACUGCUGACGGUUCAGGGCACCGUGGACUACGAGAGACUACUCAAGGCUACCGAGAGACUCGAGGGCCUGAAUGGAGACUUCGUAGCGCGGGAAGUGCUGAUAAGCGAGCUGCGCCUGGCGGCGGAGCCGCUUCGCGAGUCCUGCGCCGCAGAGGUGUCGGAGCGGGUGGACGCCGUGUUAAAUGAGGCGGUGCAAUCUUGGGAAGAGACGCGCAGCGAGUUGGGAGCCCUUUGCACCAAGUACCAGCACGCGGUCAGCCUCUGGCAGCAGUACCGGGACUCGAGCGCCGCCGUGAAGGCCUGGGCGGACACGCAAAUGGCCAGCGUCGCCAACCUGCCACCCGACGAGGCGCUCAAGCAAAUUAAGGUCUGCGAGGACACCCUGGCCGAGCACAAGGAGCGUCUGGCGGAGCUCCGCGGCCUCGUCGCCCAAAUCGCCUCGGACGUCGGUCUGGAUGCGGGUGGACCUCUGCAGAGCGAGGUCGAGGCUCUCGGCCGGAGACUCGAGGAUGUGCGCGAGACUCUCUCGUCGCUCGCCGACACGGCGGACGCUCGAGCCCUCAAUCAAGAGCUCGCUCGCGACGAUCUCUGCCAGACGAAGAACUUCCUCGAAUCCGUUCAGCAGAGCAUAACGACGGCAGGCCUGGGCGAGUCGAAGGAACAGCUAACGCUCCUGCGCAACCAUCUGCUUGCCCUGACGCGGACAAAGCCGCAGCUGCAGUCCAUCAAGGAUAGAGCCCUCGAGAUCUCGCCGGCUCGCGAGCCCUCGAUCCUCGAGGUGCUCACGAUCUGGCAGCGAGUCUUCCGCGAGACCUUCGAACAGUACCACCGGCUCUCGGCUCGACUGGUCCGCUCCCAGGACGUAGCCGCCGCCCUGAGGCUCUGGCAAGAGUACCUCAGCCACGUGCAGGACUUCCUCUCGACGAGCCUGCCCGGCGACUACAACGGCCUGGCCGAGCACCGCAAUCUCUGCGAGGUCCACAGGAACCUGCUGACCGAGCAGCAAAAGCUCAUCCUGAUGGUGCGCUCGGAGGAGGGCCGCGACCUUUCGCUCACCGAGCAGUUCAGCGCCCUGACCAACCUGCACAACGAGAGCCUCGCCCGCAUCAUGGAGAGGCACACGGCCGUGCGGGACCGACUCGCCGCCUGGGAGAGGUACAGGAUAGACCAGAGCAAGCUGCUCUCCUGGCUGAAGGACAUCGACAGAGACAGGGGCCGUCUACAGCUGCGCUUCAUCCACGUGCACCGGCUCGAAAAGAUCCUCCAGAGGAUCGAGGCGCUGCUGGAUCGGCUGCCCAGCGGGGAGUCGCAGGCCGACGCCCUGCAGCGCCAGCAGGACAGCCUGCUCGGCAACUGCGACGAGGCGCUGGCCGUCUCGGUGAGGAUGGAGCACGCGGCCAGCACCCAGAGGCUGAGCAACGUCCGCGCGAGCCUCGAGACCUGGAAGGACUUCGUGCUGAGGAUAAGGGACCUGAACGGCAAGCACGCCGAGCAGACCGGCAAGAUAACCGCCGUCUUCCAGGAGAUCCACAAGGCCAUCGGCCACAUCGACAAGUCCAGCUCGGGCAGCCUGCCGGAAAUCAGGAGACAGCUGGACUCGCUGCAGCAGCACAAGGCCAGACUAGUGGCUUGCACGAGCGACCUGGAGGCGCUGGACGUCACGACAGAGCAGCUGCGCGAGUGCCUCAGUCCCUCGGACAUGAAGAGCCUGAAUCAACAGAGCUUCCUCCUCUGGCAGCAGCACGGCAACCUGGAACACCAGCUGGCGCUGCUCUCGUACAGGCUCAGCGAGCGAUGCAGCCUGCACUCGAGGUGGGAGAGCAGGUCGGGCAGGUUGCUGAUCUGGAUCAAGGACACCGAGGACAGCUUGCAGAACUGCGACACAGCGAACCUGGACGAGCCGGAGGAGGCGCUCAAGCGGCUCGAGUCCGAGGUCCAGGCGGAGAUGGCUCUGAAGCAGCGGGAACUCGAGUGGGCGCAGAACAACGGACUGGAGCUCAUCAGCAUAGCCGAGCCCGGCGAGAAGGAGCGACUGGUCAACGUCCUGGACGAACUGAACGAGAGGUGGAACGGCCUGCUGACGGCGGGCAAGGCUCGGGCGAACAAGAUCGUCGACCUCAUGCAGACGAUGAGCACGCUGCAGAAGAGACUGGCGGAGAUCAGGCUGUGGCUGGGCACGGUCGAGACCCAGCUCUCCGAGGCCUACACCAUCGAGUCGGCCAGCCCGGCGACGAUCGACAAGAAGCUCAAGGACCACGAGCAGCUGCAGAAGACCAUCGAGGCCGAGAGCGGCAACGUCGGCGAGGUACUCAACCUCUGCGAGAUGCUGCUGAGCGACUGCGACGCCUGGAAGGCCACCUUCAACACCGACGCCAUCAAGACCGGCAUGGAGGGCCUGGAGAGCCGCUGGAAGGCGACCUGCGUCAAAUCGUCCGAGAGGAAGCGCAAGAUCAUGCUGAUCGGCAAGCUGCUCGUCGAACUCGAGAGCAUAAGGCUGGAGUACGAGGAGUGGUUGAUCGAGGUCGAGAAGCAGCUGGAAGACCUGGACAAGAGUCUGAGCGACCUGUCAAAGGAUAACACCGACAAGACCAUGACCAGGGCGCAGAGUAUUUUGGAGGACAUCAAGGCUCACCACCCGGCCCUGCACAUACUCGAACAGUGCUACGGUCGGCUGGCGAAGGGCGGCUUGGAGCCGGACAAUCUCAAGGCUCUCACCGCGCAAAAUCGACAGCUGAUCGACAGGUGGCACGGACUGACGCCGAAGAUCAACACCAUAAUCGCCGCGCUGCAGAGGGACCAGAAGACCUAUCGCGAGUUCAUCUCGGCCCACGGCGCAGCGGUGAUCGCUCUGACGCAGGUCGACGUGACCCUCACCCAAAUGCAACACCUCUCGAGACCGGACAAGAAGUCCUCGCCCCGCAAGCGCCUGCAGCAGCUCUCGGAUAUCGACGCGGAGUUGGCCAAGCAAAGCGCUACCCUCCGCCGAGCGGACGAACUUGCUCUGCAGGUCAUGUGCGAAAGUCACCCGGAUGACGUGGCGAGCAUCCAGGAGCUCGUCGACGAGUACCAGCUGCUGUGGAAGGACAUCAAGGAGCGGGUCGACGGACUGCGUGCCAGGAUCGAGAGCCAGGAGCGCCAGGAAGUCGACGAGGCCGUCCAGGUCGAGACGCUCAAGUUCGAGACAGACACCGCCGUGCAGGUCGACACACUGCCCAAGUUGACGAGGAUGACGUCGUUCGACGCCUACCUGAUAGAGCUGGAGUCGGCGAUCAGCGAGUGCCGGGUCGCGCUGGACGCGCUCGAAAGCGCUGUACUGCCAGAACCAACACCCGGCACGGGAUUGUCCACGGCUGCGCGAGCUAUCGCCAAGUUAAUUGGAAGCUGCCAAUCGACAAUAGAACUAGUCAAGCAUUUACACAACCUACUAUCCGAAGAGGAAAAACUCGCCAAGGCAACCGAAGUUGCGGAACUCACUGCCCGCUACGAAGAUCUGCUGAGAAGAGCAAGGGCGCGAGAACAACAGAUUCGAGAACUCAAGUCCCCCCUGGCUGGUGCUUAUUGCUUUCCUUGCGAACACGACGGCGGUCGUCUCACCUGUCCACUGUGUUCCCACCGCAACUGGGCCCAGUUGGACAACGACCUGUGGCGUCUGGAAAAGUGGCUAGAGUUCGCCGAAGGUACCCAGAGCGAGCAGCACUCGCCGCCCUCCAACAUCGAACAACUCGAGGAUGUGAUCCAGGACCACCACGAGUUCCUCCUCGACCUCGACAGCCACAAGAGUAUCGUCGUCAGCCUGAACAUCGUUGGCGUCCACUUGGCCGAUCACACCGAAGACCUGGAACGUGCCAACGAGCUCAGGGACAGACUGGCCAGCGCCAACGUUCGAUGGGACAAGGUCUGCCAAGCUGCGUCCAAAUGGCAGAAUCUACUGCAGGCUGCGCUUAUGGGCAACCAGCAGUUCCACAGGAUCAUCGAGGAACUGCUCGCCUGGUUGGAGUCGACCGAGCAGACCAUACGCGCCAGCGAGCCCAUCGAUUUGACCGAGGGCGCUCAGAUUCUGAGAGACAAAUAUGACAAAUUCAAGGAACUUCAAGGUGACUUGGAGCGCUGUGAGCCUCGCGUGCUAUCGCUGCAAGAGGCUGCGAAUCAUCUGCUGGACGAGCAUGCCGAGACUCGAGAGCGGCUUCAAGAGCUUCGGUUGCGACUGCAGUCCCUCAGACGUCUCACCAGCAUGUACGUCUUGAAACUGGGCUCAGCCCUGGGACUCGACCCGCGAGACGUUGGAAUGGCGGCUACCUCCACUUCGCUCGCAAUUCUAUCUCGAGAUCUACUCGACGAAGCCGCAUCAGGAACCACCCAAGCCCACGGCACAAUCACCGCAAAUGCUGACGAUGGAGAUCAGACAGUGUUGGCGCGAGGCUACCACUUCAUCGGAAGAGUAUUGCGAGCCUCUCUCCCCAUACAGGCGCUAAUGCUGUUGUUACUUGGAGCUGCCUCCUUGGUGCCUUCAGCCGAGGAGGACUACAGCUGCAUGCUCUCUAACAACCUGGCGAGGAGCUUCACGCCCCUCAUCCAGUAUCCCAAUGGACCACCACCUCUCUAAAGUUCAACGACGACGAUGAUGAUACGGUAUUUGUCCGCAAUGACUAACCACGACAAAAUAGGCAUUAUUAUUGUACGUAAGAGUUGACGUUUCUCAAAGUGAUAUAAUACAUUGUAACGAGGAGGUUUUGUACAUAUGCGGACGAGAUAAAAAAAGAAACAUUAACGAUUAUACAAGAUGAACCAUUUAUAAUUUAUUAUUGUUUGUAUAUGAGAUAUAAUUGUUGUUGUGCAAUAUAAUUGCAACAGAUACUUAUGAGGUUGACCGACGAAGUUGUACAGAUCUUACAUUCUGAUGAAUUGCGCGAGACGGUGGAUUUUUUCUCUUUUUGUAAUUAAAUGAAGUAAAAGUAUAACGAUACUCGUGAUUUUGGUGAGGCGUUUUCGUAUGACAUACAAGGCUGAUUAUACCUUUUUACUAUUGAUGGCAUUAAAAAGCAAGCCAGCAAUCGAGGUGUACUCCGAUGAUCCAAGCUUUCGUCAAGCAUGACUAAUAUUUACAUAAAAAAGCCCUACGUGAUCUCAGAUAGACAUUUUUUUAAGAGUUAUAACGCCGUUAAAUCCGAAAUGAUACUUCAUCUGAGAUUUUUAUUGUCGGAUUUCUUACAUUGUCGAGGGAAAAUUUGUAAAAAAGGAAAUUAAGAAAGAAAGAAACUCUGAUAGAAUCUAUGAAAGAUUAGAUUUGAAAGGACAGUAAGUAAAUAAAAGAAGGUGCUAUUCCACUUGCAGUUGUCCUAUACUCUAUUCUAAUGUUGUGCGAUUUCGCUGACAAUUUGUACGAUGUGUCUUAUGUGCGAGAAAUUGACGACGAAAACGAAAAAGUAAGCUGUUCCUGAUGGCAGCAAAUCAAAACGCACAGAUCGAUCGAAUCUAAUCAUUGCAAUCUAGCGGACGACUUACUUAUGAGCCUACUAUGCUAGCUCGUUAGUUACGCUUCCUAAUUCACGAGUUCGCUAAUUGCACGUUGAGCUUAAUUAUGUAUUUUUAUAAAAAAAAUUAAAAUAAAUUAAACGGA